AUCCCUGUAUACAGUAUGUUUCACUUAGCCUGAGAGUAGCUGGCUCAUGUCAUGCAUACGUGAGAUUGAAUUCUCUCAUGCAAAAGGGAUAACUUAAGUGGAGGCAGCAGCUCCAUUAAUGGGAGUGUGUGAGCUACAUUCUUCAUCAUUCCAGCCCGGAUAAAUAAUCCCCCUCUGCCUCAUUUGCAGAUUGAAUCUCUGGAACACUGGAACGACUCAGAAUGAAAGGUGAGUCUUUGCUCUUCAUUGCUGCACAUGGUGGAUGUUGACCUAUGUUAUGUAAUUCUGUGUAUUCACUCACACUGCACCUUUAUUAUUGAUGUGUUUGUUUGCACACUGGUAUUCACAGGAAAACUGUGACUCUAUAUAACUAAGGCAGUUACAGAAAUGGGUCUCAAAAUGCUAAGGUCAAAAAUGAAUGUAUAUUUAUAUAUAGUGCUAAUACCUCUAUGAAAGGGCUGACCAUCUUACCAUUUGAUGUGGAGGCAGCCAUAAGGGAGAAUUUUACUGACUGUGAUGAAAGCCUCAAAAAGUUAAAGUUGAGAAGAUAUAAUUAUAAACAGAUUUUUUAUUUUUUUUUGUCUGCAUGGAUAAAUGAAAUUUGUCUAUUUUUGAAAGACAGCUCUAGUUCUGACUUUUAGUUUUCUUUCCCAGAUGGAUUUUAAAUGUCACUCUGGUAUCAGCCGAGUCUCAAGUCCAUGAAACAUAUAACAAUUUUGAUUUCAGAUCCUGUAAAGGUUUGGAGGUUAGGUGAGAGCCUGGAACUCUUUAGUGAUCAGUAUACAUUUAGUUUUGCCAGAAUGGAGCGGUUACUUUUAAAACCUUUAUUUGGGCUGUCAGGGGAAAGUUCUUAUUCGAAUAUACUUCUGCUAACUAAUACAGUGGUGUUAUGUCUACUAAAAUGGGGGACAUAGUCAAGCAAAGCCACAGACUGGACUACAUCACUACACCAAAACAUCUGAGAAGCUGAAAUAAGGAUGUGGCAGAUGAAAACAUGAAAGAAAGAUUCAGCUGUAUGUCAGCUUCACCAAAGAAGUUGUCUUACACAUCAACAACAACAACAAAUUAAAGGGGCUCACUUUAUGGCUUGGCCCUCAAUUGAAGUGGUGAAGCACUCAAACUUUUUACGACAGGCCCUUUGUCACAGGCUCAUAAAAAGGCCAUCGCCAAAAAGAGCGCAGAUAUCCAAACACUAACACGUCAUGUUUGAUAUCUGUUCCAAGUUCAUUUUUCCAAAAAUCUAGUUGGUAGCGCUUCCAUGGCAACUGUGCUCCUGUAGGCUAAGUCACAAGUGGAAUCAACAUUAUAUUUGACCUUUUCUUCCACAGUAAAGUCUUAAUUAUCUGCUCUGCUAUCAUGAAUCACACAACACUUCACAUUUUCAUUCCUGAUUAAGUCUUAACAUCAGUGUUUCUUGUUGGCUCUUGGAGGCAGAAAAUAACAGCAUGUGUACAGGAUCCUUGUUUUCGCCUUACUCAACAAACCCCUUAAUACUGCAAAAGUCCAUACCUGUCUCUCAGCUCCAUGUGUGUUGUGUCAUCCAUCACUAUUUUCUGCGCUGUUUUUUCCCCUCUUGUCUCUUCUUUCUGCUGGUGACUGUAAACCACCACUCUCAAGUUUUGUGCAUUUUUUUCUAAUUAAAAAUAUCCUCCAUGUUGUAUACAGAUUAUUAAAUAAACCUGCACCUCCACUUGCUAAGUCCUGCACUGCACAGACUGGCUCCAUAUGUUUACACCAGUUCAAGAUGUCAGCCCCCAUCAUGGAGGGUACUUUGUCUUUACUUUAUACAAUCAAUGGUCCAUAGAGUAAUUUGUUCAUCUGACAGCAAUGCACUCUCUGAUAAUCUACUGUAAAAGUGCAGCUUAAGUGAGCAAAACAAAGACUGGAGCAAUUAUCCCUAAAAAGCUGACAUUGGAGGUAAUUGCAGUCUUUGUUAGCUUGACUUUGCACUGACAUUUUUAAGCAGAGGCGGGGUAAAUCCCCUGUUUUAUCUUCACAUAAGGCCGAUGGAGCUGAAACUGGAAAAAUAGAGUGAGUGAGAUGAGGGGAUUUUAGAUGCUGAAGAGGAAAAAAAAGGUGAUGUACAUACAAGGAGUGCUGCCAGUCGACAGGCAGCAGCAGCAAUGUUAAAGCAUGUUCUCCCUGUCCUCUGCAGAAAAGAGACACUGCAGUAUAUCUCCCCCUCCCCAGAUUGCUGACCAAUGAUGUUUGGAGGUCAGACGCCUCACUCUGCUAGUGGUGUCUGCUCCUGACAGGAUCACACACGUUAUUACACCUUUGCUGGAGGGAUGGGGUGCUUUUUGAUUUAAAUCACAUGUUCGAGAGAAGACAGCAGAUUUCCUUCAUCUUCAUUCAGUUCUCGGGUGACUCCACCAUGCGUUACUGUACUCAGAGGAUAACAGAUGUGUUAGACACAGCAGAAUAAGUAUUCAUUUAUUUAUUGAGGGGCAGUCCAAGGAAUAGUGGAAGCUUUUGUCUUUAUUUUGAUUAAUAAAAGUCACAUGAUGGAUAAAAGUGCACCUUUUCACCUUAUCACCACUGAAACAUGGAACUUUAUUAGCAGCCGUUGCACACUCAUCAAUAUAUUCUUUGUAACGCUUUUUUAUUUGAGCAUUAGCUGAUGGUAUGAGCGUCUCAUCACCGGCUAGUGCUCAGUAAGUGCUGACUCAGGUCUCUUCUCACUAUAAGUGGUCCCCAGGGGUGACAGGACAUCAAUACUGACCUGGAAUCAGCAGCAUGGAUCUACUACCAUGCUGUUAACUCUCUGCAGUGCAGCUCGAGUAAAAUGCAAGAAGAGUCAAUUCAGUGUGUGAGGAGGCAAAGUGAGAACCUUAUCAGGGCUGCAGUUUGGUAAGGUCUACUUUGCUGUGCUGAAUAUUUUCUCAAGUCACCUCCUCUAAUCCCCUGUAUCUGAAUCGAUGAAAAUAAUAAAAUAUCCCAGAUGUCACCAUAACAUUGAAGGUGGGGUAGGCAGGAUCUGAGGAAGGGCCAGUUUUUGGGAGAAACCUUGAAUGUAAACACUACCCCUCCCAACCAGUUUCCCCCUCAGCUCCUCCUCUCCCCUCCCGCUCUGCUCCAGGAAGCCCCGCCCACAAACAGACACUCCUGCUCGCUCGUAUCGUUUCAAUUAAAUUCAGAUAUAAUGCAGAUAAAUACUUCAGAUAAUUACAAAUGGGGCCCAGUCAACGUGAAAGUAAAAAGCAUUGGUGCUACUGUAGAUGCCAACAGACUACCAGCAAAAACAAUGUUUGCAGGACUUCCAAAACUAGCAUAAAGUGACAUACUCCAGGACCCGAGGUAAACAGUUUAGCGGAACCACAACACGCAGCAGGUCCUGACUGACAAGAAACACUUCUGUUACAGACACUUGGUUUACUUUGUUUAAGUGGUUUACCUGUCUAGCAGAAAGGUUACAGGGUCAGUAAGAUCCUAAAGCGUCCCCCAUCCUUUAUGCUGAUGUUGACACGGCUUUUAGCUCUUGUCUGGUCUACCUCCGUUUCAAGCGCCCGUUAUUCCGCCAGAGUCUCUUGUAUUUACUUUAUUUUAUUGCUUGUGUUUUCCGCACUUUCUUGUUGGUUUCUACUGUCCGAUGUUGUAGCAUGCUAACUUUAUUUGUUUCGUGCACGUUAUUGGCGGGUGUGGAGCAUGCCUCACACCAUGGGGGAUCAGCGUCUGCCUCACAACCAAUCAGGUUGGUGGAGGUGGAGAAUGGCUUUGUUUACAGUCAGAAAGAGUGGGCUGCACAAAAAUUUGAAAUGUUGACUACACAGGCAUAACAAAACACAGCAAUAUUGUUAUAUUACCAAAUAUUUUCAAUAACUAAUAGCUAUUGACUGAUAUUAAAAGCUUUUUUGUAUGUACACCACAAAAAAAGGUGUUUCUUUAACAGAAUCCUGCCUACCCCACCUUUUUUAUGGUGACAUCUGGGAUGGCUAUUCAGGUUUCAUGGAGGGCCAUACCACCCCUGGCCUUCACUCUGGACAUGCCCCUGUAUGGCUAAGAGUAAGUAUUCAUAUAUUGACGGUUGUUUUGGUCCUCAUAUUUUAACCCUUGCGGUGUUUAUGCUGUUGCCUCACAGCUGAAGUCAUUUGAAUUUUUUGUGGUUUGUUUAGCUUUUUUCAACCUUGCUGUUUUGUUAUUUAAAUUUGAACCAAUCUGAAUCAAUCAGGGGAUGGAAAAAGUCAUUCUUAUGUAUGACUUCAAAUAGUGUGGUAAUGAGAUCUGACACUGCUCAGAGCUUUGUGCCCCCUGUUGUGCAGAGACAUUUUGUGACACAUUUUGUGCAAAAAGUGGACAGUGCCAGGCUUUGACCAUGUGCUAAAAGCUGUGAGACAAGUGGCCUUUUCAGAGGGAGAUUACACCUUUCUAACAGCACACAGAGAGCAGGGGAGGCAGGCAGAGCUGCGUGCCAGCACCUUAAUCUGUGGCUACAACAGUCUGCCAGUGCCAGCAGCCCAGUCUGUUGUGAUAGUCAACAGUUGGCGCUUAAUGCCGUCUUGAUUUAAAGAGCCAUACGGAUGUUUUCAUGGGUGAGACUUCCUCUGAUCAUCAAAAUAAGGUAUCAUCAUUUGAAAACACUGAAAGUUAAGUAUUCUACAUUUGCUGUCUCUAAACAUCCUAAUUUAGUCGAGUCAUAAUCUUCCAGAAAGCUCAGACACAUGACUCAAACUGCAGCUGUCUUUUCACAUUUUCUUACAUAAUUUGUGCUGCAUGAAUAGAAUACCAAAUUUAUGUGGAAGAGAGUAUUUUCGGUCAAAGAGACAAGACAAAGACUCAAGUGUAUUUUACCAAACAAAAUAAACCAGAAGGGCCCACUGUAUUGACUUUGCUCAAGCAGAGAUUAUAUGUAGACUUCAGCUCUAAUAAAUUAAUAAAUAAAUGAAUAAACACUCCUGACAUUUUUCCUCAGUUCACCCCCUGUAAUAAGUUCAUUCCCCUUUGGCUAAACACGCAAAUAUUUCCCCUGGUCAUGUGGUCAAAAAUGAUUUAGCGAUUUAGGUCUCUUUUGAUGUAGCAGGGCAGCUCUGUUACCAAAGAAGGAAGAGGGAGAUUCAGGGGUCAAAUUCCUCCUCCUGAAAUAUUCUCAGCCUGGACAGAUUGCUCUAGCCACAAAGCCUCCAGAACAAUUUGCUACUGUACAUAACCAUUAUAGCCAUUUCCUGUGAAAGUAUAUGCUUAAAAGGUACUGGCUGCUGUUCCACAUACUGCAACUCUGGCAUUUAAGGGGCCAUGGUGGCAAAAAUGGAAAAGUCAAGCUGUGUAUUAUGCACGGAAGAAAAACCUUGCUCUUCUUGUAUUUCUUCACUAAAAUAAAAAGAUGUCUCAAUACCAGUUUUACCUUCUCAUUUUCCAGUACCAACACAUUAACCUGUGUGUUAGCUUAUCCUGAAUAUCCCCCAAAUAGCAGUGUCAUAUAAGAAGUGCAGCCAGUAAUAUGACUUAAGACUUGAAUCAGACUUGACCCUCAGAGACUUUAGACUCAACUUGAACUUUGGAACACAUGGCCAGUCUUUUUAUUUUGUGUUCUUGUCUCAAUAAUAUCACAAUAGAUAUCAUUCUGUUGGGGGUAGGUUGAGCCAGCUGUCUUUCUAUACAGUCUGCAGUGACUUGUAUCAUUGCUGAUAUAGAUAUUGGUGGCUGGUACCAACACUGACCACUUAUACCGAUACCAGAUGCUGAUAUAAAUAGCAAUAGCCUAAACUGAUUUGCAACACUGGUAUUGUUAUCAGUGUUACUCUGGUUUAACCAUAUGUAGGUUUCCACCCUGCAUUAAGACAUGCUUGCAUUCAUGCCAUUGUUUGAAUCCCCCUUUUGAUAAUCAAGAAGUUGUUAGACAUUUUUUAUUCCUCCAUUUACAUUGCCAGCCUAAUACAAGUGUGUCUCUGGAGUACAACUGUGUGCCUCUACAAUUGCACGGUGUGUUAGGUCUGUAUUAAUCUCCUGUUGGUUCCAAAUGAUUUCCCCUGCUCUCUCCCUCCAGCAAUGCAGGUUUGAUAGGAUUAAUUGAGCCAUUACUUAAUUACAAGCCUGGGAGGAAGCUGAAAAUCUAUGAAGAGGAUUUACUGCUUUGCUAAUAAAUCAUGGACAAAUUUCUGAAGCAGUUUUUUUUUCAUAAAUAUUAUCCAACAACAGGCUAAUUGAGCCAGCAGAUGAUGGAAGGUGCUGGUUGAUGCUGAUUGUUCUGCCAGUUCAGUCUGAGUUACCCCAGCUGGUUCCUCUUCUGGAACCAGCUGGGGUGGAACAUUGCAAUAAUUACUCAGUAUAUGAGUGUUAGCAUGGGUGUUUAGCUGUCAAAACAUCCAUAUAAGAUGUGCUAUUUUUCUAAAACCCAUUAGGCACAUUCUAUGUAAUGUCAGGUAAAUCUAUAUUAUAAUUACAGUCUCAAACAAACCCCAUAGAGACAAGAACCUUUGACUCGAGCAGGGGUAGAUCCAGACUUAUUUGACUGGUGUGGCCCAAUUUAUUUUCCCUUUAUAUCUUCACUUAUAAUAUCUACUUUACAGUGAACAUUCACUAUCAAAAACCUAUUGCAUUCUUGGAAAUAUUUUGGAGCUUAUUUGAUCAAAAGUAGUGCAACAGAGUGACAAGAUAUAACUCUUAUUAGCUUGAUUCUUCAACGACAGAGAAAGGCUUCAUGUCCAAUGCUAACAGCCUCAUUGUGACCACCCAUAUAAAAAAAAAGAAUUAAAAAAAAACAAAAAACUUUUGGCACAAUAAUAUUGUUAUUUAAACAGGCUUUGAAUAUGAUUUUUGUUCUUACGAUGGGCCUUUUUGAAUGAGUGUGUAUUGUAUUGUAUUGUAAUGUAAUGGAGCAUUUGCAGUUUGUAGCACCUUCCCAUCUGCUUCAUUUCUCAGGAUUAAAGGUUGUUGUUUGGCUGCAAUGCCUGCUAGACAAUAUUUCAACAUAAAGCCUGCCUAUGAAAAGGACAAAAGACAACUGAAGUAGUUUAGGACUGGUUCCUGGGGGUGGUUAAUCAGAUUCCAACAGGAGGCCUAGGCCACCCCUGGUCAACCUCAGAAUCUGCCCCUAGGCCUGAGGUAGUUUGGUAAAUUUUCAUGGAGGAAAUACAUGUUACAGCUAUCUCUUACUUUUUAAAUACAGUAUAUAUAUAUUGGAUGCCCAGCUAAUAAUACAGUGACAGAAUAUUGAAUGUAUUAUAAACAGAUGGAUACAUAAAUGGUGCACUUUUAUUGAAUUUGUGGCAUUUGGAGAGGACAUUCAAUCACUGAGUGAAAACAGGGGCCAAAGAGAAACCCUCACCUCAUGCUUUUUAUAGGGUAUCUGAGUCUUCAUAAUGUUUCAGUAAAAUUUAUGUAUUGUGACGUUUUAUAGGCUGUACUACACUUCUGCUGCACAUCUCCUGCUUAAUUGCCCUUUUCAGACAUUAUGGUUUGAAAUAUACUGUACAUUGAGGUGGAUUAAGAGGAGCAACUGAUACCUAACUGAAUCCUGGAUUUGUGAUCUGGGACACUUCAAACAGCUUGUUCUUUUACAAACUCAUCAAUUUAACAGAAGUCAGUGUUCAAAGUAAUCUCAAAGCACAAACUAUAAAGUCAUUCAAAAGACCGACCAAGAGCUCAAGCAAUUUCAUCGCAAUCUUUUACUGCAACACAAACUUUUUUGUAGUGAACCCCAGAUAUAUACUCUGCUGAUGAUUGGGGUACAAACUAUAGCACUUCUUCAUCUGCACAAUACAUUUUGUAAAGUUUAAGCUAAAAAAAAAUAUCCACUUCACUUUAUUGAUAUCCUUCAUUGGCUUUUUUUUCUCCCAUUUUAUAUUUUCCUCAGAAGAUAAUUAUUCAGACCAUAUUGAUUGGUUAGCCUUGUCAGCCACCAUAAAGUGUUUCUUAGGAUUCAGAUCAAUAUUUCAUUAAGAAUCUUCAUCAACAUAAUCCUCCAAAAAUCCGUCAAAAGUGUCUUUCAUGAGCAGAGAAAGUGUGUUUUUCCUCAUGAUACAUCUGACCUUAUGAACCUGAAGAGUUCAGAGAUCGGUUGAAUACCCACAGUCUGGGCCAGCUGGCAUAUCAACAUGGAAGCACUUUCUCUUGGUGAUGCUCUUAUUUUCAGUAACUUCACUCUCUUUGUUCCCUGCAUACUUUUUGUCUGUGCCACAUUCUCAUUUUACUGCAUUGUAAUCAUACCCAUGAACAUCGUCUCUCCUGGUCUCUGUGUGAGCACUCAAGUAAAAAAAAUGCAUCAGCAUCCAGUUAUGCCACAUUUUAUCACCCACAACUCCUCUUAUCAUUUCACUCAGCAGUCAUGGAAAGGGACUGGCUCCUGAUGUUGGUUAGGAGAACUGUGGCGGAUGAAGUUCAGAGUAAUCUAAGAAAUGUCUUUGAGUUUGUGUUUGGAAGAGACACGUGGGAAACGUAAAGAGGUUUGUUACAUAACCAGUGUUGGCUACUCUGCUGUCACCGCAUGCCCUGAUAAGGAAAGGCAAAGAGGUCUGUGAGGUUAUGAGCUCCAAGAGUCAGAUUAGAUGUUUCAGCGUGGAGUAGAUCAGACUGUGGCUAUUUAGUAUCACAGUAAUCACUGACAUUAUUACAAGUACAGUGAGAAUGAGGCUGAGAGUCAACAGCCGUGCUGGCAGCUCAGUGAGUGUCUAUCUCUAUGGCAUGGAGGUGAUAUUCAGUAACAAAGAGUCCUCAAUAUAACUGUGCUUACAUGUCUACACAGCAAUUUGUUACUUGGUAACUUCUUAUUCCACUGUGUUUGCAUGCCAACAUUAGCUGAUUAGAGCUAAACACAAAGUAAGUCUGAAAGUGAUGGGUCUGCAAGUGCUUGUAUUUGGUUGUUAAUAAUUACUGAAAAACAUUUAAAUGUGUGUCCUACUGUUAAUUGAAAUCAUAACAUUUCAUCCCUAGCAAAAAAAGAAUGGCUCUACCAAAUUUCACCAAGAUCCAUCAAAUGAUUGUUCAAAAAUUUGAUGCAAAACUUCAUGUUGAUGUCAGAGAAACCCCUGUCAGGGUUACCCAUCCUCAAAUUCAGUAGAACUUACCCUUUUAGCUCUUUGCAUGUUUCUGUGAAAUUUAAUAUCAGUCCAUGUAUUACUGAAAAAAGUCCAAAUGAUUGAUAGAAAGACCAUAAGGGUCAAUCUUUUUGGCCAUUUUACAUAGUAAGACAAUAUACUGUGCUAAUUUUGUUAUUCCAUAAUGAACAAAAGCAAACUAACUCAGAAAACCUAACUGAGGCAACUUGAAACUUUCAAAGAGUCCAUGCAAUGUUUUUACACCAACAGAUUCCUAAAAGCCUUUGUGGGAUGAAUUAUUGUGAAAGCUCCCCUGUUAGGAGUUUUCAAACAUUUAUGAAAUAGACUGAAACUCAUCUUGGUGCCAUUUCACGAGAUUAAAAAGCAAAAAAGAUUUUUAAUACUGGUUUUCAAUGCCUGAAACUGGUGCAAGGGGGAAGGUGUCCAAAUCUGCACUGGACAAAGCUCUGUUUUUACAUUUUAUUCAUCAAAAACUCACAAAAAGGAUCAAUUUGACUGUCAAAAGUCAGCAGAAUGAGAUAUUUUGUCUGAAGACACGACUCCUUAAAAAAAAAACAAGAUAAGCAAAGACUGCUUUGUCAUGAUCAGGCUGAAACAUGUACUACACAUACCACGAACAGUUUUGAUCCCUGAUUUUGUAAUGAUUUUUUUGUUAUAGCUAUGUUAGGCUGAUUGUUUAAUUAUAGUAGAUUUCCUCUUUGUAUUCUAAAAUGAGUUCUUCUUGCCAAGCUCAGCUUCACAUUGCUGGAAAUUGCUUGAGGAAGAGAUAAGGAGGGGAAGAGUCCCUCUGGUUGUCUUCCUCAUCCUCGCUGUUGUAAUUAGUGCGUGACUCUAUUCAUUACUCAACUACAUCCCCUCUGGUGUGAGCUGCCUCUGAAUGUUGGACAGCUGCUGACUCCUCAUCUGAAGAGGGGGAAACAGCAAGGCCUUUCUUAUAGUGUGCAAAGAAGCCCUGCUGAGCUACACAUAAUGUCUUAUUUGAAGGUUGCUCACAGUGUCAGCUAUCCUGCAUAAAAUGGAGAGUCUGUUGGAUAUGAGAAAACUAAAAGUGAGUGACAUAGCUUUCUUAUAUUCACACUGUCAACUACACAAGACAAGGUUUGACAUACAGUAGUGAAACCAUUGCUCAGACUAUUUGUUUCGAAAGCUGUAGCCUCAGUAAUGACUGUCAGGCCACAAGCACUCCUAAAAACCCACAAUGACGUGAAAAAUAACAUUUUCACAUGGAAAAAACAUGAAAAAAAAAGAGGAAGAGAUGGGCUAAAAGAGGCUUGAAAAUUUUUGGGCAACACAGUUUGGUGUUGUCGGUCAUCUGAUAUGUUGUCAUAAUACUCAUCAUUGAUUUACAUUGCGUUACUUUGCAAAUAGUCCAAGGAAAACCACAGGGAAGCCCAGUUUAGACAGCAAUUUCAAAUUCAAUUAGAUUUUUUUCAGUGAAACGAUAAGGCUUUGACCACACCACAUGAUUUGCACAGUGUUUUAUCUCAAUUCACAUUCCAUCUAUAUGAGGUAGCUCUUAUGCAGGUUGCUUGUGCUCUGAUCUUAUCAGGACAUUCCCCCAAACAGAGUUUAAGUGUUACUGUUUGAAACUCCUGUCAAGUCAUAAUAUGUAUCGUCAUCUGGAGAAGAUUUCCAUGAGAUCAAUGUGUCUAGACAGGUAGACAAAUGAUGAUGUCUGCUUGUAUAAGCUCAGAUCUGACCUAUGACUCUUGUCUUGCAUCUCUGUCCCUCCAUGUCCUUCGCUGUGUCAUUCAUUCUUGUGUUAUCUGUCACCUUCUACGUCUUCUGAUUUUGUCUCCAUUCUGUUGUGUCAGCUACUCUUCUUCAUCCUUGUCCAACAUCAGUCACAACACUGCAGCGUCAGCCUUUAUUUCCAAAUUAAGAUUGAUGAGUGACGCUGCCAUUUUCACCGGGCAGUGUUGACUCUUUUUGAUUAAUAUGAUACAGUCAGAAACAAGGGUUUGAGGAAGAGUAAUUUGUUGCUGGUGGAUGAGUGAUGGUUUGUUGACAGGGCUGCAAUUAAUGAAGAGAAGAAACUUAUACAACGCAACAGACAGAAGUAAACCAGAUAAGAGCUUAAUAUGAGCAGUUCUCUGAGUUGGAAAGUGAAAAUAAAUGUUUGUCUCUUCCUUAGUGAACAAGGCACACUUACUUUACAAACUCUUCUUUCAAAACCUUGCCAUCCUGAAAAGUCAGCUCAUGUUUAUCCAGAAUUGGAUGGAUGGAUGGGACAAGAUGUUACCCACAGUCAGUUAUGUAAUCAUUUACAUUCAUGGUGUUAGGCCUGGUGAAAAUUGGCUGCUGUGCUGCAAACUGAACCUUCAACUCUAACACAUGAUGAAAAUCAACCAAUAAUAGAAAAAUCAGGCAGGUAGCUUCUGUGCACUGACUGAGAUGUCCUUCCAAACUCAUUUCCUUUGGCAUGACUACAUGGCAUUGUAUUCAGGACAGAUACACUUUGCAGUUUUAGCAGACACACAAAAAAAUUCCACUUAAGUGAAAAUUUUACCUUUUAGCAUCAUGAAUUGCUACACUUUGUGAGCGAACCAGUAAAUUGACAGGCACCCACUACCUCUCAUAUCAAUGCCCCAACAUGUACCUGCAAUGUUCCUGGGCAGUGUGUCUGGGGUGCCAUCCCAGCACAACGAGUAUCCGAAAGAAAAAAUGUAAUUUGUGAAAGUGAGUCUGUUUAUUUUGCGUUACAUUUAAGUGUGUCUGACAGGACAUGAUUGCGCAGGAACAAGGAAACAAUAACAGUGCACUAGAAUUGGAUCUACACCCUUUAUGAUAGUCUAUGAAUUAGUCCAUCUCAGACAAUGCUGUAGAUGAUUGACACUCCUGAGAAGAAGGAGGGAGGGGCUUUUCUGCUCCAAACCAACAUGCCGACUGAUGCCUAAUUAUAAAGACUUGGUGACCUUUUUCUGAUCAUUCAAAUAUGGCUAGUUGGUCAUCAACACAUAUUUCUGUGGUGUGACAACCUCAGGACACACAUCUUUUCAGCACCUUGCAUGGACCUUUAGAAAAAAUUUCUUUAUAUAAACACAAGCUUACAGAACAAGAAAGCAUUUAAAGAGUGGACUUGAACUUCCCUCCAGGGAAAUCAGCUCUCUUGUCUACCCACAUAUUUGCAGAGACGUUUCACCUGGUCAACUCUCAGACAUCAAAGCGAGUCUGGAGCGUAAGGGAAAGUGGUGUGAUGUCAUUGCCAGACAGUGUCCUCAUACAUUCACAACACCAGCCACUCAAUGAACACCACUCUGCUACUUUAACACAGGCCAGGCAAGUAAGCCUCCGUAUCAGCUGUUUCCAAAUGUGGAUCUCUUUGGAGAGCAGCGGUGGACAGAUAUGAAACAGUGGCCCUGCUGAGAUAAAAGAGUUAUUUUCUCACAAGAUCCAUAUUUCUGUCUGCUCUCCUUUAUUGCAGGUCAUUCAUAAGAGAGGCCACAGGGGUGUGAUAGAAGUAUAGGUUAGGGCCUGCAGGAAGAUAAUUGCAGAUAGGAUGGGGAGGAGGAUCGGUAGCUGUGGCCAUAAAACCAUGACCCCUUUUGAUGAUGUCACAUCCUCCAAGAUAAGGUUCAUAUUACUGUCCUAAAAGGGAAAUGCUAUAAUGGGAAGCGUUAUUACACAUUUGCAUUUGGAUGAAGGUCUGGCAGAGAUCCAGAUACUCUGUGUGGGUAUUAAUGCAGUGUUUUUAACCAGGGUUCUGCUACAGCCUAUCUAAGGCUAGCUUCUGGAUGCACUCAUGUCAACACGCAGGAUGAAUGUGGCUGAGCGGUGGCACCUCCACUACCUCAGCUUAGAGCCCAUUCUUGGCUUUCAGGGGGGUUGGUAAGGAUUCCUGUGACUAUAUGUAGUGACACACUUCAGGAGGCCAGGCUAUCUUUGUUGUCUAUUUAGACAGACUUGCAGCCUGUUCUAUGGAUAGAAAUGUAGGUCUGUUGGUGUAUCUGUUUGUGUUCAACUCUGUGCUCUAGAUUGAAAUGUCAACCUAUGGUAUGAUUUACCAUUUGAUGUUAUAAGGAGGAUUAAAACUCACCUUGAUGAAUCCUGCAAUUUCGCUCUUUAUUUUUCACCAAUAAAGUACCUUAAUAUUUUCUGUUUAGCUUAAAUGUUUGAACAGGGGCAGGUCUAGGCUUUCUUUUGAUUGGUGGACUGACUCCUGCAGGGGUGGCCUAAAGUCUCUGUGAGUUUACAGAGAAUUGAAUAGAAUUACCAUAUUUACUAUUUAUGUAUCAUUUCCAUUGCAACAAAUAGUAUCUACUAUGACUGAAAUCAAGUAUCUAAACAAUGUUAAAUUUCUUAACUUUAAAAAGUAAAACAAACACUACCAAAACAUAAAUCUUUAGAUUCUGUAAACUCAAUAUGUAGACAUGCAUGUCGUGUUUCAUAGUAUGCAGUAAUUUUUAAGCUUCACUAUGAGGAUGUCUACAUCUGUAUCAGCAGUGACCCACUGCAUACCAGACAUAAUGUAUCGUCAUCAUCCUGCCUGGCUCUGUCACAAUGGAUCGUUAAGAGCAUGUCUGUGGAUAACAUACCAUCUAUAAAAAGGUGCCCACUCGACAACAGUAAGAUUCAGUAAGGGCUGCCUGUACCGCGGAUGAGAGCCGGUGAUAAAAGACCAAACACAUGCAUGCAUAAUGUGCACACACACUCACAGAUGUGGUCUUGGUGACACUUAACAAAGGUCAGCUAUCAAUAACAGUCUAAAUGUGUACACCUUUUAUGCUGACAGAAGAAAGAGGGCUUUAUACAUGUGUUAACAACAAAACAACACUGCCACUUUACAGCUGCAGAAUCCUUGUUUGUUGGAUAUGUAACUUCAGUAAUUAUUUAAAUCUCAGACGACAUUUGAAGCGUUGCAUUUUGAACUAUAUUAACCUCAAAAAAGAGACGUAGACAAUAUUUGUAAGAGCAGACAGAUUCCUAAAGAGUUAGUUAGAUAGGGUGAAAGAGUCAUGUUUUUGCUUUGGGGCUGAAUCCAUAUCAGUUCACUAGACCAUCUCAAAAGGUUUUAAGAAUUCAUGAGCAAUGUGUCUUUUACUUUCCCUUUGUCACCACCCCAGAAUGUAGAAGCUGCACAUAGAUUUUGCAUUGAUAAUUAGAGCAGAAAAUCGAUUAACAAAUGGAUUUAACUUUGAACCUGUUGGUCAAAGUGAACUAAAAUAAACAGAAGACAGACUGUCCAUGCUGUCUCCUUUUAAACUAAAGCAAAACAAUGUGAGAAAUGUGUUAAGGCCAUGUUUUCUGCCAUGGUCACAGGAUACCAGGCAGGGGCUACCACCCAGUCUGUAAAUAAUUUAACAGCUAGGUGUGAGUGUGUGUGUGUGUCAGAGAAGGAGAGAGGGAGAGGGAGAGAGAGAGAGUGGGGAGACCGAUAGACACAGAGGGGGAGAAUUCCUCUAGUUAAGCCAUCAAAAAUCAGACAUGGUUCAGUUGCUUUGCUUCACAAACAACUGGUAAAAACAGUUAAAGCUUUGUCAAGAAAAACACUGAAAUGAAACAGAAUAAACGAUUGUAGCUAGGUGCUAAACUUUCAACUGAGGAAUUACUUGUUGCAAAUCUGUCAGCUUUAAUUCAUUUAAUAUCAUAUUUAAAAACCAACACCAUGCCAGUACUGGUAGAAAUCAACACCUUUAAUUUUAACACCUUUAGGUCAGUAGGCUACAGGGGUUCAAUGACAAAAGAUUAUGUCAGCUUAUUGUUGACACUAUAAAAUUAACACUUUAUCAAUGCUGACACUGAAACACUUGCUGAAAAGACAGGGGCGGAGUCAGACCUCUUUCACUGGGGUGGCCAAUCUGGGGCACUAUUGCAGGGGUGGCAUUAAAUAUGCAAGCACACAUCAAUUACUUACUUGCAUUUACCCUUUCUAUGUACAUUUUGCAGUAUCGCACAGACAAAAGAAUAUUUGUUACAAUUUAAUGCAAGAACUACGGGAAGCUUGUAGUUAAGCCUGUGCCUAUUAAUGCGGUCAAUAUAUCAAAUUAGGCAAAAUCAGAACAUUAAAUUCAUGCUAGGACAAACCGUAGUUACUCAUUGGGUUGUUGAAGGGUGUCUGGCCCACUAUUAUUGGCUAUAUUUCUUUUUUCUUUUCAGUCAGUCGUGGUAGUCCCUCAACAACAUAUAUUAAAGGCAGGUUGUUGUUGCAACAUCACUGAGUGACAGUAGAAGUUGUAGAAGGCAGACAGAAAAACCAGACAUGCUAACUCGGGAUUUCCACCGCAUCCAGAACGGCCCCGAUCUGGAAUGGUGGCAAUUUUUGCAGUACGCCAAUUCCUACUGGAUCUGUUUGUGAGGCGAAUUUAGUGGCGGAUUACAGACAGCAGGAAUUACAAGAACUCACAAGAACCCGCAGAUUCACCUGCAAUUGCACGAUAACAAGUUGUCUUUAGCCACAUAGGCUAACCAUAUAAACAGUAGAUUAUGUACUUCCAGAGGAGGAAAUCUAGACUUAUAAAAUCAGCAUCCCCUCAGCCAUGGUGUCAUCGAGAUGAAAUGCUGUCUAAACCUUUCACUUGUUCAUCCCUGCCCAUUUGCAUGGUGUGAAAUACGAUCCACCUGAAAUCCGCGGAGAAAUGGAAAGAAGCCGGUGGAAAUUGACACAUUAACUUGAAUGGUUACGAUCAGCUACUAUCAGUGGGUACGGCCUAUUCGUAGCCAUUCAGGAUGUGGUGGAAAUUGGGGGUGAGUCAUGUUACAUGGAAUACAAUGACCUAUUUUCAGGGUCAAGGGGUCCCGGCACUCUGUCUUCCAGAUUGGGCUGUAUUCAUGCUUAAAUUCUGACCUAAGCAGGAUCAGUCUCACCUCUGACAAAAACAAAUCAUAGUUUAGCCAGCCAAUCAGAUUUCAGGUACGGGGCAUGGCCACCCCUCAGCACCCCUUAACUCUGCCCCUGUGUGUAGAUAUACCUCAAUGAGUAGUCUCACUCAGUGUUACCAUGCACUUCUUUGUGAGGGUAAUGAAAACCUCGCCUACUUAGCUUGACCUUCAAUGCAGAUUUACUAUGGGGUUUUCUUUUGCAACUCCUAUCCACUAGAUCUGUUAAUCCUGGACUCAAAACACAAACAAGGUCUUACUCAAGCAGCCCACUAAUUCUUUAAGAAAACCCAACCAGAAUCUACUUGUCAUGUGUAUAUAUAGCCAAACAUUUCCUCUCAAACAUUUUGAUGACAACAGCCGGGGACACAUAUCGACAUAUUUUUUUGGGCACUACAGCUGUAGCUUAUUCCUAGCCCUGCUCUGUGAAUCACUUCCUAAGCCUGGCAUUAUUAUAACCAUGUCCUGGCCAUUAACACAUAGCCUGGCUGUAGCCUUCAUAUGUGUGAGGUCACUCUACUGCGGAUAUGAAGGCAAAGUGGCACUGAGCAACACACAGGCCCCCUGCGCGUGCCCUCUGCGUGCACUGAUUGAACCGCGGGCGUUGUCAUGACUACACGCAGACCCAAUGAGAAGCUCGCGGUGGACUGUUACUGAAUGAAAAUACACAGAAGCCAUUUUGCGCACGAAGCCAGCCAGCCGCGGCAUCAUUCAACAAUAAUAAAAACGGAAACGGGAAGCAGGUUCAGCCCAUUUCUGGAUGUAGGCGAGUGCUUAAGAGCCGGUUGAGUGGUGGUGCUGCUGGUGCGGUUAGGGGACCGCGGUGCGAGUACUGGCGCUUGUUGUCAGAAAUGUGGUGACUGUUUGUGCCUCUGCCGCCGCGUCGUUGCUGCCCUGGGAGGUUUGUGGCGUGGGGAAAACAGGACAGGACAGCUUCACCGCAGAGAGAGAGAGGGAGGGAGUCGCCUUUAGUUUGUUGACGGACACCGGCUACAUCCACGCGAGUUGAAAAACAGGUGUACGGCUUCAUCACACGGACGCAGCGCUAGCCACGAGCCGCUGUAGCUCGCUAAUUCCGCUCGAGGACUUGAGUCAUUUCUCAUGGAAGAGCCUGUUUACCUGUCGACAUGUUGCGGAAUUAGACGAAGGAAACAGCAGUAGUUUUAAGGUGAGUACACAGCACUGUAAUUGAAAUGCUGUUCUGAAGGGACUAUUUUCCCUCUUAGCCACGUUUUAGCAGCUGCAGCAGCAGAGAACCUGUAACCUGGAGCAGGAUUUCGCAUUGUUUGAGGAGGGAAAUCAGCUAUUUCGAGUGUUUUGAGUGCCUUACAUGCUACAACGACACUACAGUCAUAACAGUCGAGACCAGGGGCGAAUGAAUCAGCUCAUCUGGGAUGCGGUAAGGUCGCCUCUAAAGUGCAUACCAGUGGAUUGAUGUUUCCAAUGCAUUAAAGGGAAGAUGCGGUCAGUGCAGGGAACAUGUUUAAGACUCAGACCACAAGCUUUUAAGCUGUGGGAUGAAAAGAAAUGUUACUUAACAUGAGUAGCAGCCAGAGUACCGGGAACAAUCGGACUCAUCGGUUGUAAUAAGCAGGAAUUCUGAGAUCCGUGUUUAACCUACAUCCGAAAUGCUGGGGAUAAUCCCUAUUGUUUGAAUAAACUUCUACAGGGAACAAAUGUAGACAUAAAGCUUUAAUUUUGCAGUUUUAUCUCUCUAAUUUGUUGUCAGGAAGAUAUAGUUCGACUCUGACUUGUUUAAUGUAUUUAAUGAUGGCUAUAAUACAUGAGGCAGGGAUAUCUGUCACAUUAUAAUAAAAUACAGUAACAAUAAAAUCAUAAUUCAACAAUCAUAGGAAAAAUUAAAGUACAAUCAUGUAGACUAUUUAUGCAAUUUGAUUUCUAAUUAAAAGAUAUACAAACUGAUCCUUUAAUGCAGUUUCAGGUACUGUAUUACUCUUAGGAUAAUGAUAUUUUGCCAUACCAUUAUUUUCAAAAUCAGUAUAUUUGCGCCUGCAGAACUGGAGGUUGCAUAUCAGUAACUACAUUAGACCCGUAUUUGUUGCAACAACGAUGGUAAGGGUUGGGGUUGGUAUGCUGUUUCAUUGAGAACAGGUUUGCAACAAUCAGUCUCCUAAAACCCUGCAGGCCCCGAGUCCCAAGUGCCACUGCACUCUUGUAUUUUCUAUUAUUCAAAGCUUCAUCUGUUGCUUUUUUACAGAUGUUUUAUCCCACAUGUGACAAAGAGCAGUGAAGAAAAGGCAGCCCCUGUGUGUCUUGUGGUGCUACCUGCAAAAAGAAUGAUGUAAUGAAGAAAAAAAAAAGGAAAAAGCCAGUACUGGAUAUCAAUGAGAGCCUUUUGAAUUCUGGGAGCAUUGGGAGGAGUCCAGUAUGCACAAAGUGAAACAUUAUCUCUUCGGGAACCUCAUACCACUCCCACUUUGGCCUACCUACCUGGCCUCUGUCAUUGAGUAUGGAGGCCUUACUGGACGGUAUCUCUGAUGCAGUAUUUUUUAGUUUGUUUCUAUGACUGCAUUCUUGUGUCAGAGGGAGAGGAAGCGAAACAGCAGGAUGCAACAUGAAGAGCAACAGUUGGCUGCUAUCUGUCUCAUGAGGGGUUGCUGCGCCAAUAAACAGCUGCUCACAGAGGCUUAAAUAUACACACUUAAUGGGCGAUCAUAGCAUUUUGACCUGAUUGAUGGCCAAUGAGGAAGAAAGUACGUCUCUGUUAGCGUUAACUCAGUUGCACCUGCCGAUUUGGAGUAACUGAUAGAGGCUGCGUGUGUGCAUGUUGUGUGUUUGUGUGUAUUUAUGUCAGAGAGAGGGAGAGGAAAGGGGAUCAAGGAAGGCCAGUAGGGAAUAAGAGAAUGUGAUACAUUUUCCCCUGAAAGUACAGAAUGUAACGGGGAGGUAGCUCAUACUUAGCUCUCUGUCUCUAAGACUCUAUUAGUCUCUCUCAAUACAGCAUAAUUCCUUUAAUUUUUCUACUUUUACUUGUGUGGGUACCCUCUUAUUUUCUUAUUGCCUCUCCGGUCCUCUUCCCUCCUGUGUCUUCCUCUCAUUGGCCGCUUUCAGAGGCUGAUGUCAUAGCUCAAGUGAUGUGUGCCCAAUUCUCGGUCGCACUGAUAACAGAAGCUGCCAGCUGUUUGCUACCAGGGCCUUCUUAAUAGUCCGUCUUUUUGAUGAUGCUGAGGUUUUUUGUAAACUGCUGAGCCAUUCUCUCUCUUUUAUUAAAAUAUUGAUUUGCUGUCAGCAGAAGUGGAUUUGAUUGGAAUCAUCAGUGAUUCAGGGUCAGCUUUGGACAGGGAUACUACAACCAUGUUGAAUGUUUCUAUUAUUAAUAUGGUGAUAAUCAAGAAUUCUCACUGCCACUGCAUUCGUGGCCAAUGACAUUACAUCAAUGCAAAGCUCAGGCCCUUUUUGUAUAAAUUAUUAAAGUAAGGAGUUUUAGCACAACCAUGUCAUGAUUCUUUUCUGUUCUCAUGAUUGCAGGAACUGACAACAAAUGCAAAGGGAAGAACCUUCAGCGUAGAUAAAUUGCUGCAUUGACAUACAAUGAUUAUGUUGAGGAAAGCAAGUUUCAGAGGCCAUGAAAGAGAGUACUAUCAAAUUCAUUCCAUGUUCUGAAUUCACUUCAUAUUUAGAGUGGAGAUGGACCAGAUUUAUUGGGCUGAUUAAUACCAUUUACAGUAGUCGGCAUCAUAUCUGUAUCAGCCCUUACAAGGCCAAUAUCACUAUUAUGUUUUCUAAAUCUAUUAUAAUUCUAUUUAAAACUGGCCUCGGUGAUUACAAAUUCAUUUUAAUGUACAUAAAGAAAAGGAUUAAUACAUUACUUAUUUUCAUUUCAAUUGUGACAUCAACCUUGGAUUUUUGUGUAUUUUUUAUAAUUUAAGAUGGCUGGACAGUCAACCAAAAUUCUUUUGAGGCAAUUUUUACUUUGCAAAAUAUUUUUCAGUCUACCGUUAUUUAAUUUAAGUUUAUUCAUGUGUAGCAACUUAAUUUUAUUAUUUUGUUAGUGUCAUUAAACUGCUGUAUUUGGUCAUGCAUAAAAAAGGAGCAAAAACACAAAUAUUCAUAUUAUAUAUCAGCCAUUAGUCAAGCCAUCCUCUCCUUAUCAGUGUCAGCAUUGGCUACUGAAAAACUUUACGACAAUGUGGUUCAAGAUGGUAGCCACCAUGACCAGGAAACUGCUUCCAUGUAACUGUACAAGUUUAAGUCAACAAAAACAAAACUAGUUGGUUUUACACUAGUUUGAACAUACAAAUAUUAUAUCCAAUUUUUAUCUUAUCUUUUAUGCUAGUGCAGCUGAAAUAAUACACAUUGCACCUUAAGUGUCCUUAAGACAGGAAGACAGUAAGUUUGUUCUAAAAUAUUUGCAAAAGUUAUACGAAAAAUUGGGCACCCCUUGACCUAUGAGUUCAACCAAGCCCCAUAUAUGGAGGUCAUGCCCUGGCUUUGAUUCCUGCCUGCAGCUCCUUUACUACAUGUAGCAGUAAUGUAGAUGUCUAUUUCCUGCUCUAUCUACUGUCCUAUCCUCCUUAAAGGGUACAAAAAGCCCUAAAAUAAAAUUUGGAAAAAUCUAAAAGAAGAAUUUGAUUGAAUUAAAUGUUUUACUAUCUAACAUUCAGACUCACCCUUCACGUGUCGUUAUUCUCCUGUGCUUAUUUGAUGUAUCUUGGCAUCUAUCUUGGCAUUAUAAAAUCAUUUGUUCCAGUGAAUCUCAAAACCAUCACUCAUUUUGCAGCAGGGUCCAAAAUGCUGAAUUAAGAAAGAUGAUUGUCAAGGAUCUACACAGACUUGCUGUAAACCAAUUAAGGACACAAAACAGGAGAAUUAACUCAUCUGUCCUGCUAAGCUAGGAUAAAGUGUUGGAGGACAGUCCUGUGUACAGUGGUAUGUCAGUAUUAUUUGACCUCUGUAGGAUCCAGCCAGUGAAACUAACGACCUUCAUAUUACUUUAAAUUACAUGUAAAACCUUGUUUAGUACAUCAAAAAGGAAAAACUCUGAGUUUCUUUUGCUUAUAUCUCUGCAUCGCUUGUUGAUCAGCAGCAGCAGUAAUGGCAUGGUUCCUGUUGAGAGAUAGAUUGUAGGUAAAGGUAUACUUUUCCAUUUUUGAUCUGUUCCCAGGUUUAAGUGUUUUCCAGUAAGUGACACUCACUAAUGUGUACAAGCACAGCUCUUCUGCUUUUUAUAACCUGUCACUUACUUAACUGGGAAUGGCAGGGCCUUGCAGAAGCUGAUAAUGAAUUAGGUGUUGAAACUGUACGGGUGAGACCAUGUCGACGCGGCCACUGUAGUCCAGAGUGGCUCAUAGGUCAAAGUGUCUGUGUGCUUCAGUGUGAGUGUGUGUCAGUUGCUAUAAAAAUAGUUUGCUCUGGUACUUUAAUGAGAUCAUUCCUAAGCUGUUGCUGUGUCAUGUUGGUUUAAAUUGUUUUUUUUUGUUUCAAAUCAUGCAUUUGCUUGCAAAACGCAAUAGAAGAUACUUGUCAGGCGUUUCCUACAUGAGAGUCCAGGACUGUGAAAUUACACCCAUCAAAGUCAGAAAGUUUGUUCAGAUGCUGAUAGAGAUCUGCUGUAAAGCCUCUUGUAGGUUAAAGGAUUAGGUCUGGAGUGAAUAGAAAACAAUGCAGGUGCUUUGGCUGUUUACUUCGUUAUUAGGCCCCUGAUACUCCUUUGAUUCUGUUCGUGAGGUUACAUUAUUAACACCUGUCAGUUGUUAGCUUUGCACCAUACCGUCAUGAUCCUUGGCAUGUGGCCAGAAAAUUCUGAAGCCCAGCUGCUGUUUGAUCAAGUCUGCUGACACACCAAUCAUAAUGGGACUGUAAAGGUCUGAAGCUUGCCUUGGGCUUUUAAAAAGGGGGCAUUGAGUUACAGGACUGCUACUUAUCAUGAGGACAAAAGUCUGUGUAUCUGCAGAAAGGCACUCUGCAUCACCACCUUUUCCCUUGGGCAGUAACUGUGUUGAAGCAUGACGGUGUAACUUUAUUUUGCCUCAUUGCUGUUUUUAACUAUAUAUUUUUUUAAGGAUGGGCAAUAAAUUAUUGUUUAUGAUUUAUCAUCAGAAGAAUCCUCUGUGAUAAGUAUUUGCCAUCUCACGAUAAAUACGAUAAAUGCAAGUUGAUGAUGUAAGUGUGUUUGAUGGAUUCACAGCCAUAGCUCACACAGAGCAGAACAAAUAAAACAUGGUGGUGAAGAAGACAUCUCUAAGAUGCUCGUUGGUAAACCAGACUCCAUGUGAGGGAUUUCCUUCCAGAUUAGGGCUUAGACAAGUGCAAUCAGGUAUGCCUGACGUGCCGGACAGUAGAUCUGCUGCUGCUGUUCACUCUAUGAGAUAAGAGUUUUCAAUAAAUUUUGAAAGUGUUUUCACAUUUCAGACUUGUUUGAUGUCACCAGUUUUCUCCAUAACCUACCACUCAAACUUGUGGUUAAGUAUCUUAUAUUUGACUAUGCUAGCUGGUGUUCUCAAGACAGAAUGAGUCAAAAACAUGGAUUGGAAUGAUAAUGUUUUUUAUCAUGACUUUUAAUUGUUAUCGCCAGAAUGAGAAAAUUUAUUGUGGUAAUUUUUUUUAGCCCAUAUCACCCAUCCCUAAUUGUUUUAUCCAUGUAGAUAUGUCUUUUUUGUACUUUUUGUUGGCUUUUACCAUUAGUGCUGCCCCUUAAAAUUAUGAAUCAAACCAUUUGUGGAAAAGAUCCAAAGCUAGCUAGAAAAUUUCUUCUUGCUUUAAUUGCUCAUUUAAAAAAAAAUGCUGUAGGAGAAACAUGAUGGCGGGCUUAAAGGGAUAUUUGGCGUAAAAUUAAUUUAGGGUCAAACACACUGUAACAAACACUGGAGUUAGACACCCCCUCUAGAGAUGAAUGUUGCCGACCGCUUGCUUCUCUCAUUAUACCAACUUUAGUAACGACCGCACGAUAGCAAUACACAGCGGACUGAGGAACCAUAUACAAACCUCAACCAAAACGCCACUCUAUAGCCACAAAUAAUGCUCAGAACAGCACCUAACUUCAUCAAUAAGAUAUAUAGGGUCCCAGCCAUAGCACUAGCCACCAAACAUCUUUUUAGCUUUGCCUAAUUUCUUUAGCAAAGAGACUAAAUACAACUCACCUACUCUCUUCCAGCAGCUGCUUGUUUGUAGCAAGACCUCCAGCCAGUCCAUUAUGGACUACUGGGGCUGAUGCAACUCAAGGAAGAACAUUCAUGAUUAUUUUUUCAUGGAAAUGCAAUCAGAUCAAGAUGCUACGGCAGAAGAACUACUGCAUCUGCAGUGCAAAAUGAUUUAUAUGAUGAUUAUUACUUCAAAGAAAUGAUAAAGAAAAAAACAUAUUUUUUUACUCUAGUUUGUAGGUAUCGACAAUGGUAUAUUCUUUAGAUGUAAAACAAACGUAUGUAAACUAGGCAGCUUCUUCAUUAGAAUUCAGCAGGGCUGUGAGCUAAACUGCCUUUAAUGGUUGCUCAGUUUUUUUCCUGAUCCAUCAAUUUAAUCAUAGUAGAGGGAUGUGUCAUGAAACAGUGGGCUGUUGGCCUAAAUUGUUUUAAUUUUUGGCUGAUAAAUUAAAAAAAGAGUUUUUUUCAUUUUAAUGGGACCAACCUGAAAUACUCAGAAAUUUGUGAUCACUGGUAAAAUGUGAUCACCAAGUAAGCAUGAUUCAAUCAGUAUUUGAGUGUGAAACAGCAAAAGAUACAAAUGUAUUUCAAUUUAGGAUGUACCGGUUACAGUCUUCUGGGUGUUUUGAGAAUUGCUUUGGGCGACGGUGAUUUCCCCGCACUGCUUCAUCAAAGGCAGGUUAAAAUUAGGCAGGAAAAAAUAUGUAAUCAGCAGCACCACUCAGUGUGACAGUCAUAGUGAGAAUUUAGACUGUUGUUUUGUCUAUCUGCUUUUACAGGAAAAAUAAGUCACCACCUAGCAGUCUUAUCAGCAUUUGUUUGCCGCUAAUAGAGCCACAUUACUGUAGGUUAAUGGAAUUUCUUUGUAGCAAGUGCUGAACUCCUCCUGAACCUAAUACGCAUUAAUUUGUUAGUCACUGAUUUUUGUGCCUGUUUUGUUUGUUGACGAGUUCGGGUGGGAAUGGAGGAGGUGGAAGUGAGCCAAAUAGCAUAUUGCACAGUAGCUGCCUGGUUGGUUUUAGGUAUCCAGGCUCUAAAUAUGAGAUGCUAAUAGCAGUAGUUACAUCAUCAUUCUGGGAAUAGCAGGGAGUCUGGGGUCUAGAGGUGCUUCUGGCUGACCCCUCUGCUGUAUAUAUUCAGCCUAGGAGGGUGUGUGUGGUCAUCUCCAAAUAUACAUUCCCAUAUGGGUUACACAGCAGUAAUAUUAUUAAUGACACAGGUGAGUGGACACAAAAUAAGUCUGUAUAUAUUUACUAGCCUGACCACACAUGCUUUAUUUGUGAUAAAAAGAGAAAUGUUGCCGUGUGCGUGUGUUUACGUCUCUGAGCCCGCGGUCUCCACAGGCAAUCAAUGUGUCAGCAACGUGGAGUGAGAAAAAAUCUUGUGAGAACAGUUUGACACUCCUGUCAGUUCUGUGUUGAGGAGUUCACUUUACAUAGCCUCAUACUGACGACAUGGGUUGCUGUGUGACAUUAUAGCCCUGUAGGAGAGAUGGAUUACUUACAUAACAUGUCAGAGGUGUACCUAACUGCUGCAUUUCAAAUUGUGGGAUAUCAGCGUGUGCGUCCAUGUUCAUUUCUGUGCUGUAUUUGAAUUUGUAUUUAGAUGUAGGCGAACUCUGCGUGCAUACUGUGUGGUAUGCAAGCAUGCAAACAUGUGUGCGUGUGGUAAAAUAGAGAUAGUCAGCCCUGUCACUUAGCCCCCACCCAUCCACUCUGGGGGGUAACUUUCCAGUCUCAUAGACGAGCAUGCUUGAGUCUGAAAAUAGCCGUAUCUGAUCACUGCUUCACCCAAACAGGGAACUCUCUUUCCCUGUUUGUCACUCCCUCUCUCCAUCCCUCUAACUUUCUCCUCGUUCUGUUGUCUCUGUGCCCCCAGGCAUUAAGCAGGGUGCGAUCUGGGAGUAAAAGCUUGACUGAGAGGAGAGAAAGACAAAACAAAUCAGAACAUAAGAAGAGGGAGUGAGGGAGGGCUCACAGCGCACCUAUACCUGACUCGUAGGAAGUCUCCAGUCUUUUGGUUUUAUGACGGUAAGAGUCAAAUUUUCUCUGCUGCUUGAUGGACUGUCGCACCUGCGCUCAGCUUGCUGAGAGGUCAGGCUUUUUCGGGUUAAAUGUCAGAAAAGAUCAGACUGCAGGGUUGAAUCUAAUCAGUAAAGUGGAAGCGUUUUCUGUUGUUGUCGUUGUUGUUUUGACAUACCAUAGCACUGAAAAAAAUCUGUCUUUCUUCAAUUUAAAAAUUGUAAUUCUAAUUAGAAGAGGAGGUUAAUAUUGACUGACAAACACAUGGUUAUUAUACCGUCAUGUUUUAAGAUCUUAAACACUAUCCUUAAAUAAAAACACUGACUCUUUAUGUGGAAUUCACAUUAAAAGAUCUGAAUAGAUUUAAUAACCUGAACACCAAAGAAGGAUUAUAUUUAUCUGUUCUGCCAAAACCCAAAAUUACAGACUAAGAGAAGAAUUUUUGUCUUUUGUGACGGUGGACAGGAGAAAUAGUGUCAAAUAAAACUGUGGCCUCGACCGCGGUCACUUCAGGAAUAGCUUCGCAAAAUAACUUGUGGGCAUCCUUUUUUUUUUUUGUAUAUUUAAUUGAGGCCAUAGAGGAAAAAAUGUUAAACUUUUUCUGUUUUUACCAUGAAUGCAAAAAUUCUAGUUUUCACCUCAUUUUCAAAGUUUUCAUUUUUGUUGCUUAAAAAUGAAGAGAAGUUUUAAAAUGAAAUGUCCCAAAACUUCCCAUCCUCUUUCCUCUCACCUUCAUUUUGACUGAGAAUCUCAUUUUUCCCCCUAUGUGCAUGCCUCCAUCUCCUGUUACACACCUUUUUUAUAGUCUCCUCUGUCCCACUCGACAAAAGCCGUGCACCAAUCCCUCCAAUAGUCCGGUCUCUGAGGUGUUGUAGAAUGUCACCUUGACCCCCCUGGGUGCACAGUGAGGGGUGGUUCCCAGCUUCAGUUGUAGGACGGGUUGUUUCUCGCAUACGGUGGGGUUUGUUUCUGUGUAGGUCAUGUUGAACUUCCCUGUGGUCAGUGUGACGUUACUAACACAUAUAAGUGAUUCAGUCAGGUCCUGCUCUUAUAUGAUCUGCUUCCAGGAGUCUGCAGUUGCUGUGUGAAACAUUUUGGUCAGACUUGGACUGUGAUUUUUAUUUGAACAGAGAUGACUUGAAUGUUUAGUCUGUGAUGUUGGUCCAGAGUUUAGUGACUCUGUUGGAGGGAAACUAAUACAAGUUCAUUUUUGUCUGAAAGAAAAGUAUGUGUGUGCCCUGCAAAUCAGGGAGCUUAUCAGGGUUGUACAGAUAUACUACUGUUUCAGUUUGACCUGCUGGAAAACUCUGUUUCUCUUGGGACUAUCACACCAUUCUGCCCUCCUCUUCCUCAUUCCUUCCUGGUACUGUGUAUUUGCUUAAAAGCCACAAAAGGACAAAGACGUUCAACAGGAUCCUUUCAAAAUGCAGCCAUCACAGGGCUCUUAAGUUACUCUUUUUCAACAACAAAAAAUAUGUAAAUUCACACGUUCUCCCACAAAGUGGUGUAUCGCUUGACUUUAUUAACAUCAGCACAGGUUGAUUGCAUUAUUGAUGAUCACAAUAUGAAAAACAAACAAACAAAAAAAGACAUUUACUGAACCAAACAUAACUGUGAGGGUGGUCGUCAAGUGUUUGAGAUCGACUUCUUGUUAGACUAGUUUUACAAACGACUAUAGAUCUUCGCUCAAACACCUUCUGAAAUGUUUCCACGGCGCCUGACGACUUUGAUGACUUCAAACUGAUGUUCAACCAUCAUGUCUCUCAGAUACUCCCUUUUGUGUGCCCAGGUAUGUUUGAGAGGAUAAGCCACCCUGUGAGUUUAAGACCAAAACUAUUUCCUGACACCUUUCACCCAGAGUACAUAAAGACUGCUCAGAUUGAUUUCCCUGAUGAUCCAGACCACCUUAGAGGGUAAAAGGUCCCGUCUAAUGGCAGCAAAUAUAGCACUCCUGCUAAUCAAGGUCCUCUUAUCUUCAUGCUUGCCACUUAACCCUGGUACCUAGGGAAUCCAGACUAUGUAUGGAGAAUGUAAUCUUAGCCACAGCUGAUAGCCAUUCUUCUUGACUUCACCUCCGGCAUUGAAUGACGGACCUCUUUUUUUGUUGUUUUUACAAUAGUUUGUUUUUUUUUCCUCAUUUGAUUUAAAGAUAUUUAGUCAAUAACAAAUACAAAGUCUUUGCAGAGUUUUUACUGAGGUUUUACUAAAUUUUGUUGCAGUAUGACAAUGUAGUCACACUGCUGUCAGGCUGCAUCUUUCACAGAACUAAUGUCCAAACAUGAGAGAUUAAUAAAAAUUCAGAAUUUAUUGUGUACAGAAUUUAGCGGGAAAAGAAAGGGAGUACCCAAUACUGUGUUAUAUCUAUGAUAAAUGCAUUUAGAUAUUCCUGUGCUUCUCCUUCAAGCCUCUUAAAAAACAUCCAGAAUAAGUCCCGUAACAGAUGGCGCUACAUUAAGUCAACAUUGUUUCCUUUGUAUUUCUAACAGAUUUGCCUUUAGUGACUUUAGUGAAGGACCAAGAACAUUAAUCUGGCUGAUACUUGAGUACUCUUAAAAAAAGCAAAAAAAAAGUAUUUUCCAUUUUUGUGUGUGUGGUGGUAUUCGUGGCAUUAACUCGCCAUAGAUUCCUGCUGUCAAGAAAGGAAAUAUCUUAUCAAGAUCAGCAUCCCGUCAAGUAGCUUUUAGAAAAGACCCGGUGCUGUUCCGCUGGAUUGAGCCUGUUGUUGUGUUGUGUGAGGAAGGAAAUGUGUAAUAAUGUGUGUUAGUUUAUCUGCAGCUGACAGAGUUAUAGUUUGAACAUCACAUUUUAACUGAAUGCGUUUCAGAUGGCAAGGUGACUAACAGUUGCUCUCCCUUCACUCAACCAUUUUAAAGAGCUGGAACCAUAACUGGGGCCCGGCUAUAACACUAAGUCAAAAUGUCGAGCCAGGAUGAGCUCAAGCUCCAUCUUUGAAAUUGCUUUGGCAUUCAGCACUGAGAGAGCUUGCUCCUCUAUCUUAACCUUAUCACUACCUUGCUACUUUGCUUAUGUUGUGUUUGUUGUGUGUCUCAGUUUGUGGCCCAGUUUCCUGUGUUUUGUGAGCUUUGAAUGUGUUCAAUCUGUGAGCCGAGGAGAUGAAACAGUGGCCUCUCUAGAGGUGUUGUUUACUAGUGAUUCUCUGCCCCCUCACACAGCUUUAGCCAGACAGCUUACAUAACACUUAAUGCUAAUAUUCUACGUCAUUUAGUUUGGGUUUACUCCUUUGAAUUAUUCCUUUUCUUAAUCUCCCUUCCUCCCUGCAAUCUCUGAUCUUUUUCUCUGCCUCCCCGUGUUUUUAUUUGAUCCUCCCUCAGUGCAUGUCCUUGCUCCUCUAUCAUAUCCUUUUAACUCGUGCACAUCACGAUAUACAGCAAAUGCAUCCCCAGCUCUGUAUAGUAAUGGUAAGAUAACAAACCCACGAGUUGUCACAUCCAAUUCAUCCUUUCUUCCCCCCAUAGCCCCGACUCAGAGCGCCAGGGUUUGUGUUGCAUAAUUGCAUUAGUGCUCUCAGGCCGAUAGAUCUGCUCGUUAGCAGGGUUGUGAUGCAAUCUGCAGAACACACUGGCCUCUGUUGUUUGCUGUACAGGCAGUGAGUGGGCAUGCAGGGUCAGUGUAUUGACCUCCCCUAUCCAUUCACACAGCUAGAGGGGCGUCUACUAAUGAGUGGCAAGGUUGAACAAACAAGGCUGAUAACAGAGACUUUGUUGGACGUGGUUGUUGUUCAACUAUUGCCAGUAAGGUGGAAUGGGACAUGGUGCUGAUCAGCUCUUAGAAAUAACCCAACAAAUAGCUUUGACAGUGCUGAAAGGGGCACAUUUUAGUCCGCAGUGAUGUGUCAGAAAGUACUUUUUGAUUUUGUGGUAAUGCAUUUUUUGUCUUGUCAUGAUUUGAUUGACAAGUUGGUUUGAGAGUGUUGCGAAAUAUGUGAAUGUUCUCGUUAGACAUUUUUGGCAAGGAACCAAGGUAUAAGCGGGAUAAUCGCUGUGAUGUGUGCAUUAAAGGAUUUUAACACCGCCGCUAAGAAGUAGCCUCAUAGGGAUUUUUACACAAGCCUCUGUAUUGUGCUUGAAAGUCUUUAGACGUCUCUCAAAGUGGAUUCUAACUUAGUGUCACAUUCCAAGAUUAACUUUGAUUUGAGAUUUGUCAUGGUGAAAAUAACGUGGUGAAAAAGUGUGUUUGACUAAUGCUGCAUUCGAGUUCAGAAAAAAGCUAAAUCUGAGGCGUGAACAAAAUGGCUACAUCUAAGAAAGGGAAUGCUAAAAUAACUUAAAAUAACUAAAAUAACAAGCGCUAGAAUAACUCUUGUAGAAGUAGCCAUUUUGUUUCUGCUUCCGAUUUUGCUUUUUUCCGACACAAGGGGAUGCUAAAAUAACUUUCAAUAACUAAAAUAACAAGCGCUAAAAUAACUUUCGUAGAUGUAGCCAUCUUGUGUCUGCCUCCGAUUUUGCUUUUUUCCGACUUGGUAACUGAAAUGUUGGUAACUUGGGCAUGACAUUAUUCCCAGCUCGUACUUCUGAUUUCCAAGGUAACUCAAACACAGCAUAUAACCAGCUGUUCUAGAGGCUAACUUUGUUUAGUUUAUGACACCAUCAGGAUGAAUAAGCAAAUUUCAUAAAUACAUAAUAUUAAUGUAGCUAGUGUGCCGAGCUGAACUUUACCCUGCACUAUGACAGCCUUGAAAAAAGCAGAGUGGAGUCUGUCAUUAUUCAUCAGUGUAUCAUCAUCAUGUGAACAGUUCCUAUACUAGAUCUGCAGUCCAUCAGGCUGGCCAACAGUCAGUGUUAUAUUAUGAACUUUUCUAUAAAGAGGUAUGGGAAUUGGAUACGCCAAGUGUUGAGUUAUCUUUGCAGCAGCUGAUGUAACCAACCACAGCUAAAAUUAUCCAUUUUCUCCUGCUUGUUGUAGUUUGUAAGUAUAACAUUUGCCAGAGUUAGAUUAUUCUCUUUGGUUUAGGACAAAACUAGAGAAAGUUGUUAAAUGUAAAUGAAGUUUACUUUUAUUUUGACUUUUAAACUGCCUAAGCAAAGGUAGUUAAAUUAUACUUAUCCUGCAGCACUGAAUUUUAUGCUGUUAUAAUGCUUGUUAAACAGAUCUUUAACGGAAAUACUUGAAGUCAGAGAGUACAGUGUCUACUUCGAGCUCUUAUUUUGAUUCCCAAGCCUGUCUUCUUCUCUGACCACAACCCUACACUACCCACAUUUUUACCACAGAAAGGCACCACUCUAAAAAACUUGGCCACAAUUGAGUGAUUAUGGAACGACGCCAUUCUGAAUUCUGCCUUUUUUGGAGGGGUCACACUUCCUGUCAGUUGGAUUUCAGAAUAGCCUUGUCUGGACUUGGAUUUAUGUAGGAUCUCCAGGGGAAUUCUGUUGCCUUGUUUAAAAAGGGAUUAGUUCCUUCUGAUACUGCCAGUACGAUUUAACUAUAUUUUAUCCUUUUCAGACUCACCCAGCCCUGGCUUAUAACUAAUGUUCACUGCAUCAGAUAUUUUGUCUUAGUUUAUUUCCGCUUAGGUGCAUCCUUUUCAUGUGAUGUAGCAUUGACACCUGAGAUUUAGUCUACAGAACAGUAAAGAAAAUAACUCUCUGAUGAGGUGUUUUUGGGGUCUUGAAAUAGGUUUGCUAAGGAGCUGUAUCAGUUGACAUCCAGUGAGUAUGUCUCAGUCUGAGUGGCCACUACAGGGUCAGGACCCCUGAGGCUAUAGUCGGCUUAACUCCAAUAACCGUUCACUCUCUCCUGCUGCCUUUAAGCUUGUGCAGACUCUCAAAGGGGAUCUUUAAAGAUAAGAUAAGAAGAAAUUCAGUUGUCUGAAGUCCCAUGUCAAUUUUUUCCUUUUUUAUCGCUCUCUUAUGAUUCAAAAAUAGCAAAUAAGUAUAAUGAUUUUAUGCCUGAAAGUUAAACCUCAACUGUCCCAGACAAGUUUACGAUUGCGAUUUACGAUUUUUUUUAAAGUUUUUUUUAGGGUUUUUAGGGUUUUCAUGAUAACUGCAAUAUCACAAUACUCCACUACAGACAGUCCAGACUUGUCAUUUAGAGAAAACACUUGGGGCACCCUGAGAUGAUCAAAUAUGUUAUCUUUGCACAGUUUUCAACACUCUUUGAGUAAUCUGCGAACAGGAUAAUACUUUUUUUCAACAUUUUACAAAGCAGCCAAACAUUUUUGGAAUUGGGAUAUUGGGAUAACCUUUUGCUGUGUAGCUCUGGGUUCUACUGAAAGCAUAAAAUUGAAAGAUAAAAUGUCGUGUGAAACUCUAAUAUUGCUUCAGACAAUUCAAUCAUUUUGUUCUCUUUUCAUUUUUGUCAUUUUUUUCAGAGAGGGGUGUCCACAAAUUACUUUUCAGGCAGACUGCCACUGACUGAUGGCAUCCCAAUGAGUUCUCUUUGAGCACAUGUUUGUGUUAUCCUUCCAGUCAUACUCUCUGGAUUACAUUUUUUCUUUCAUUUUCUUUUUGUUUAUCAAGUAUGUUUUAUGUUUGAUAAUUUAUCAUUUAGAUUUCCAGUAAACUCUCUUGGGAAAUUAAAUUUUGGUGUAUAGGAGUUUUAUGAAGCCCAACAAUAUUAAACCUCUUCAGUUAUGAACAUUACAUUAUCACCACAGGGAGAGUUUUAGUGAUGAGCUCAAUCAUUGCUAAUGUUCUGCAGACAAGUAUGAGCAUCCUACCAUGAUUACUUCAGUGUCUUGAGUUUCAAAAGGACUCAGAGCUCAGACCCUGCGUCCACUCGUAUGAACUGAAUGGGUCCCAGUGGGUCACUCAGCAGGCUAAUGAGACCCGAUGGGCUUGUGGUGUUGGACAGCACGGCUUUCUGCGGCUUGAAGAUCUGACUUGUGCAUUUACUGUCCCACAGCUAUUACCCUCAGCAAUUACGUGCUCACUAGUCUCCAGAGUGACCCACCAAUACCGAAAUUACAGUCGAUGAAUAAACCACGGCAAAGUGAAAAAAACAAAAACGAAAAGAGGAAAUGCCAGAUGCUUUGGCCAGCAAAACUAGGACAAAAAUCUAGUCCCUGGGAAUGAGGGUUUUCCAGUUAUUUGAUUUAGCACGUUAGACAUUGCCCAGCACAGAUACCUUAGGCUUCAGAUUGAAGGUAACUGAUUUUUAGCUUAUAAAAAGAUAUCAAGCAUUUAAUCCAUCUGCAUUCAUUCCUACUACUCUCACUGUAAGUAUUACAUCAGUUACAUUUUCAAGAAACACCACAUGAAUAUUAAUGGAAACAUUUGGUUUCCCCUCCAGCGCUCACUGUGAUAUGCAUGCUAAACUGCAUGAGCUGCUAUUGAGACAUCUCCAGCUUGAGAGAGAGUGGCACAUUUUGCGUUUAAAAGCUGAAAAAGUCCAUCAGGGCACAUAGUCUGGGCUUCUCAGAGGUGCGGAGCCCUGCGAGGGUUCUCCCAUCAUCCAGCCAUAACAUUACACCAUGGCCACAGCUGCUGUGUCGCCGCUGAUCUGUCCCCAAGAAACAUGAUCCUGUUUAUAAUCUGACCAUCAUUUGGAUGCAGACUGCCUGCGACGCCAGACCCAUGAUUUACCCCCGUGUGCACGCCUGUGUGUGUGUUAGUGUGUGUCUCAGAGAUAGAUUUACGAGGGUGUACUGUAUGAGGGUGAGGGUUAGGUCUUCUGGGACUGAAAGUAUCCCACGAUGCACGUCUCCAUGUAGCCCUGCAAAUAACAGUGUCCUCUCCACAACAGCGGCAGAAUGUGCAGAAAACUUUGACAUAAUCUCAACAAAGUAGUUUUAUAUGUGAGUAAAUGAGGAAGAUCAAGGAUUAUAACUUUGAGUUAAGGUGGAACUAUUCUCAUCUCUAGAUCACUGCCAGAUGGUGCGAGUUUGAAUUCCGUCUGAUGUGUUUUGUUGGGGGACAAAGUCUAUUUUACUGUGAGUGCAUCUCUAAGUUAGUCACUACUUUGUGUUAGAAGUUACAAACUGUGGUCUUUAAGUGGAAGUAUAAAUAUCCCAGAGAGAGAAAAAGGGCCGAAAUAUGACUAAGAUCAAUAGGGAUGGGAAUUACCAGUGGCCCAUGAUACGAUAUUAAUAGGAUUUUUAACGUUUUGCAAUACAGUGAGUACUGCAAUACAAUAUAUUGCAAUUUAUACAAUUUUUUCAACUAUUAGGCUAAUGUAGCAUUUGGCUUUCUUUUAUGUUUGUCUUAUUUAUACUGUAUUUUAUUUUCAUGUUGCACAUCUUGCAAACCUUAUAUGUAUAUAUUUGUUGCACUAACUUUCUCCUGCUCUAUGAUUUUACCUCUGCCAACCUCACUGGACAAACAGUUGAUUUUUUUUUAUUUUUUUAUAUAAGCAAUUUAUUUGAAAAAUCAAUACUUGGUAAAUAAGACGAUAUGAUAUAUCACCAGACAAAAUAUGGUGAUACUAUGCUGUAUUGAUUUUUUCUCCCACUCCUAAAAAUCAAAUCAGUCUAACCCCUGGGAUAGAAAAUGCAGCUUUUUGCCAUCUUGUGAAUUCACGUCUCCUGGUCCUGCACUCUCAUCACUACUUUUCAGACACCACUGUACCAGAGCUCUACUGCAGAGUUUGUGACAACACACAAGUUGAUUCAAAAGUAACAUGACUGCUGUUAGUUUUACAAUAGACAUUUGCCCCAUGCCCCAUGCUGAGUCUUACUGGAUUGAUUCCUAGUUAGUAUUUACCUACAUUUUUACUGUUGAGUUCAAAUAUUUUUAUUUUUAUUUUUCUAAGUUUAUCUUAUUCAGUUUGCUUUGUUAUUUACUUGGUAUGUUAAUAAAAUGUUGAACUAAUCUCUAGUUUCUUUAGUUUUUAGUACAGAUGAUUUAAAACGGGCAGUUUGAAAAAUUACAAAAAAAAAUAAUCAUGAUAAUAAGCGAGAUUGGACUAUAUGACAAAAUAUAUCGUGAUCAGUUUUUUUUGCCAAACCGCUCAGUCCUAAUUUCUAGUCAAAAAAAAAAAAGGUGUGCAGCUCUAGUGUCUGGGCAAAUAGAAGUAUGGGAUUUGGACUCAGUAUCAGUUGAUAAUGUUAAAAAAGUGAUUAGGAACAGAAAAGUUAGUUAGGACAGUGCUACUUUAGAUCCACUCUUUACUGAAGUUGAAUCGGGGCUUAAAUAUAUAUACUGUCACCGAAUGUGGAAAGGCAGUGCAUACGAAUCACUUAUAUCAUUUAACAUUAAUCAUAUAUAUAUUUUACCCAAUCAUCUCUUUAAUUUUUCUUGAUUUAAUAGGCCUCUAGCUAUGAAGAUACCCAAUAAUCCUCUGAGUGGUUCUGCAGCUAUCUACACGAGCACUAAUGCCACUCAGCUACUGUACAUCACAUUCCUCAAACCCCACAACAGUGGGUCCAUGUGUGUAAGGCAAGGUUAGCAAUGUGUAUGCCAUAGUUAUUUACAUACCAGACAUUUAUGAUCCCCACUGCAGCCACUGUAUGCUGUCAGUAGUAAUAUCUGUCAUACACACUAAGUCCUUUGAUGACACACAUGUGUAUGUGCUCUUGCAGUGAUGCAGCAGCCUGUAUUGUGUUUUUGGCUUUCUUGAUGUGUGAGGGAUUGAUAUCAAUCACGCACCCUGCUGCAACAGUUCCAAGAAAAGGUCUCCAUAUAGCAAGAGACAGGCAUCACAUAUGGGCAGAGUCAGGUAAACAUGGCAUUCUGUAUCAUUUAUCAAGUUAUUUAUGUUUCAUCUAUGUGGCAUGCGGUAUUCACUAAGGCCAUCAGGCCUCUCACUCUCAGAUGGGAGAAGCUCUGUUCCCACACCAGGAAUCCGAAGGCUUAAGCUCCGGCUAGAACGUCUUUUUGAACAUGACAGGCAGUAUGUGUUGAUUUAAUUUCAUCGUCUUUGCACCGAGCUUCAGUGAAAGAGAAACGAAAGUGUAAAGUGACAGAGCUUGUAGUGCUGCUUCUUAGAACUUCAUCUGUUCAUAUAAGGAGAUACGAUUAACUCUUUAGCGGCUUACAUCCUUUAAAGCUGCUCUUAAUCACAGACAGCUGCAGUGUAAUUGUGCUUCCACUCCAUGCAUGAAAACUGGACGAUUAGUAAGUCAAAAGUUCAUCCAGACUUCUUUUUAUUGAUGUUUAAACACUAAUAAAGAAUCCAUGCUUGUUAAUAAUAGGACCUUCCCUUUGUUUGACCCACUUCAUGUCAGAGUGGUCUACACCUCAACCCUUACUGUUGGUUUCCUGGAGGAAGAAAAAUGUAAAGUGAAAAGAGUUCAAAUAUGAGCUGACUCAAAGUCAAUUGCAGUAUGUCAGCAUUUCCCCUGCUAAACAUCAUUAAUCUCCUAAGACUUUCCCAGCCUGCACACAGAUUUUGGCUCUUUAAGCGAUGUGAUUUGAAUCAAAGUAAAGCUAAUGAGCCAGCGGGCUGCAGGAAAUUGGCAAAUUUCCAGAGUAAAUGCUUAUAUUUGAGAUUUGAUACGAAACGGUUUACACACACAAAAAAAUGGAUGCCUCCGGUAUUUACAAUCUCUGCUUUGUAAACGUGAAUCAGUGAUGAUGACAAAAGCCUUUUCUCUGGUGUGAUUUUUUUCUGUCUGAAACAUUUACUGUGAUUGUGUUUGUUUUUCAGGAAAUUGUGCCCCCCUGCAAUAGAUCAGUAAGAAGUGCUCUUCAAUAUGAAUACAGGUAUACAAGCUUACACAAACACGUACCCACACAUAAACCAUGGGGUAUCAUCUAUCAAGUUCAUGUCCUUAAUUAUAACAUGGUUCUGUACCUCUGUUUACUCUAACACUCUGUUUACACUGUUGUAUCCACAGUAAAAAAAGUCAAUUUCUCUCUCAUAUGAGAUCACCCAGCUUAAGCUGCUGUUUUGUAGUCCCCUCACCACAGCCACGAGACUUUAAUUUAAACUCUGUCUCUCUUUAGCAGUUUGGUAUUGGUUCAUUUUUGGCCUUGAGUAUUCAGACUAAAAACACCAAUGACUAGACAGAGCUAUUUUACUUUUUACCACAGUGACGAUUUCCUCCUUCAUACAUGUCCAAAACGCUGUCUCAGACUUGGCAGUGAUCCUGAGCUUAGAGUGUGUAUUUCAGGUGGAAAAUCAAUGAUGAGUAAUCUGUCUUUGGACCUCCUCCAUUCACACCACCACUGCGUGUCUGCCAGUAGUAGCCUCGCUUGUCUUGGUUGUUUGCCUGUAUUUACAAUAUGCAAUAUGGAAGAGGCCACAAAAAUAGCUGUGCCACGUGUUGAAAGACAACUAAUACAAGUACCAGAGUUUCAUAUACCAGAGUUUAUAUUUGAACCUUGGAAGGUUCAUCCAAUGUAAAAAGAUCUUACACCCAAGUAUACUCUACCAGAUGGAAUAUUUAGACUAGUGUUGCCAAUGCGAGAAACUUCCCUGUGAAGCAUUUUUGAUGUCAUGCAGUAAAAAAAAAUCAGGAUCUGAAAAUGCAUGUGCUUUGCCUUCACUUGUUGGUGUUUAAUUUUUGCCUGGUCACAUUUGUACAAGUGUGUAUUCAUCUCUUUUUUUUUUGGUAUCUGCAUGUGCAUGUGUGCUGCUGCUGCUGCUGCUGCUGCUUUAUUGAUCACUUGCCUGGCUUGGAUUUCUCAGAUAGCGGAGGAACCGCUCGCCAUAGCGCGGCCUUGUCACUCAUACUCUCUCCCAUGAAGAGGGUCCAGAGCUCACCAAAUCUAGGAACAGGUACUAACACUCACAAAUACUACGAAUUAACACACGCUGGAACAAAAAGAGGGUUUCUUUUAGCUCAAAUGCAGGCCAUGUGGGUUUUGACCGAGCUGAACUUUUGAAGCAUGAGGUGAGUCUUGUGGUUUUUCAGAAUCAUGGUUGGGUUUAGUCAUCCUGAUAUGGCUUGAGCACAUUUGUAAUAUUUUCAAAUAUUUAGGCUGCGGCUGUCUCAGAAUGCUUCAGCAAUCCUUGGAAUGUAGGAUGCUAUUUUUUUUAGCUUCAUCUUGUUAUUCUUUUACUUUCUUUUUUCCCUCUCUUGUUAAUGUUAUUUUCCAUGUGUUAGCUCUCAUGCUGCUCCAUGUCUUCCUCCCUCUUUGUGGGUUGUUCAAGCCACCUGUCCUGCUGUCUUGAGUGUUUUAAUCACUGUUUCUCCACCUCUGUUUACUCCUAUUACUCCUCUUUUUAGACAGUGACAACACAGCUCCUUGAAGAUAAUACUAAUAAUUAUAUUAAUAAUAACUAUAUUUAUAUAGCACUUUUACAAACAAGAGUUUACAAAGUGCUUUAACAUGCAGGAAAACGAAGAAGAUAAAAAACAACACAACAACAACAAGAGAACUCUUGGGGGAAAUGUCACAUUACUGCCAAUAAAGAAAUAAAAUGAAAUGAAAAUUGGUGGAAGACAUAAAAGCUUUGAUAAAUGUCACAUGAGCUGAGAUGUCAUGAAAACCAAGACAUUAAAACAGACAUUAUGAGAACCCGUGAUACCCAGCCAACACAGGAACCCAAUCACAAAAACCUGAGACCAAGGGGACUGUUAUAAAACAUGAAUGAGAAGAGUAAAAGGUUUUAAAGAAGACAAAAUCACAUAAAAGCAAGUCUAUGAAAAUGAGUUUUAAGACGCGAUUUAAAAGCAGUGACUGUUUCUGCACACCUGAUCUCCUCGGGGAGGUCAUUUCAAAAUCCAGGACCCCUGAUGGAAAAGGCCUGGUCACCUUUAGUUACAAGUCUCGACUUUGAAACAACCAGGAGGCCCCCACCCAAGGAUCUCAGGGUGUGGAUUCUGUUAUAUAGAUUGGAGCCAGACCCUUUACUGCCUUAGGAGUAAUGAGUAAAAUCUUAAAGUCAAUUCUAAAACUAACUGGAAGCCAAUGUAAAGAUGCUAAAAUAGGGGUAAUGUGAUGUCGAUGUUGGUUAAUCUUGUGUUUAGACCAAAGCUGCACCUCGCUGCCUAAUUUUUUGUGAUCUGUUUUCAGUUUCACAUGAAUACACAUCUUCUAUCCAUGUUAGCCUUUCAUUCUUUAAGAGUAUUUUGCAGGGCUUCCAGAGGCUUCAGCUGGUCCUCUGCUGAAAGAGCAAUGUUUUUGUCUGAACCUUGUCAGCAUCCACGUUAACAACUGCAGCCAUGUAGGCAAUCCAGCACUGUCAGCUUCCUUUAAACAAUAGUAGGGCUUCUGAAAACGGAUGAGCUGUUGUCAGAUAUGGAAGCUUUACGAGUGUAGCACAACUGAUCAAAACAGGCUACAGAAGGCCUUGGGCCCCAGCAUGUAGCCAUCGGAGCAUAAUUAUGGAGAAGACAUGCAGGCAUCAGCAUCUGUGGGAUGUUUCGCCUUGGCAGGAGUCUACACUCUACUGACCACGGUUGUUCAGUGUACUGUCAUACUUGUGUUAUUCUCCCUGGUUGAAACUAGAUAUCUAAAUUCCAUAAGCUAACUAACCAACCAUGAGCAAAAACAGUUUAUAUCACCAGAAAAAAAAAGUUUAAAGAUGAUUGAAUCCUGAUAUAUUUCCCCUCAAUGGGACGCCCUAACUUUGCACUCACCACCUUCAUUAUACAGAUUCAUAGAAAUGAGGACUCCUGCCAAAACAAUACUCAUCCGGGCAGACUGAAUGAGCCAUCUACAGCUUUCAAAAUAACAAUAGUGUUUACAUGAAUCAUCUCCAACGCCGGUCUCAGGGCCUGGCCACGAGACAGAAACAGCCACCUGGAACAUUUUAGCUCACUGCGUAUCUCCCCCUCACCUAAUUAACCUCCACAAUGAUCCGUGAAAGCCUGUACAUUUGACAUUUGCAUGGCUAGCAUCCAAAUGAUCCAUGAAGGAGUUAUAGCUAUUUGAGGAGUGUUGGAAACACAGAUGCAGCUUGUCCCAGUUUUCUCCUGUCAGUCUUUAAAUCACUGAAGUGGAAGUUUUCGUAUGAGAAGUGAGCACAAACCGCUGAGAAUCAGUAGUCACAUUUAUAGGACAUAUGCCAGGUGGAAAUGAAAUAGAGUGACACGGGUAUUCAUGGCCUCUUGCUCAGUCGUCAUUCUGCUCAUGCCACAGAGUGCUCAAUGAUCUUUUCCUUCUUGUCUGGUUUUCUGAGUGAAGCGGCUUGCCAAAACUUAGUACCAAAAGACCGAAGCACUGAUUUCAUCUGGAUUAGAGCCCCAGUCUGACAGAGAAUUUGUACAGAAAGAGGAACCUUUUGUGUCCUGCCAACUCUCAUGUAGUUGCCCAAAUAAAAUCAUCUCUAUAAUUACAUAACCUUGGAUUUCUUGUGUGAGAAUUGACCAAAUAGAUAUCUUGAAAUGUGUUUGAACUGAAAAAAAUCUUAAAAAUGUAGUUGGCAAAUUAUACAGUUUAAAAUGAGUGUGCUGGAUAUUAGUUAUUAGAUGAGACUCAGUGUGAGAAGUAGAUGCUGUAAGAGUAAAUGACGAUGACUGCUCAGUCAUUACUGGAUUAAAUGGUCGCAGACUUUUUACAAAGUCCUGCUAGUUUAGAACACACACUGAAGGUCAAAAUGUUGUUACAUUAGCCUAUACUGUCAGUCAUAUCAGCAUUGCCUGAAAAUGUGGUGUGUAAGACACCUUUAAUACUUUUUUUUUCCACUUAAAACAUUAGCUGCGUCCAACACUUCCAUGUGAUCAUUGUACAGGUAGAGCUCAAAACAUUUAAAUUAUUAGCUCAUGAAAAUCAAAAACCCUCUACCUCGGAACUUUACAUUUAAUUCAAAUUGAGAUCAAAUUAUGAGGAAAAAUGAACAUUGUCAGGUGACUGUGAUUUUUGAGCUGCACCUGUAUCAAUAUAAAAUGUGUAAACAGGUAUUCCAAUGUGUUACUGUGUUCUACUUCAGAAAUGGAGCUUGAAGAAGCAAGCAACCACUUCAGUAUGCAAAGCAUGCUGGAUGGAUAGAUGGAUGGACCAGUUUAGUUUCGCCACUGUGUAACACCUCUCAAAGAAAACAGUAUUAUGCUGUAAAGUAGAUUGAUCCUGUGGAGUUCUAGUUUGAUUGAAAAUACUUCUAAUUUGAAGACAACAGGUGGCGAACUGAUGAGGGCAGAAUUGUAACUUAGAAGUAGGCUGUACUCAGCUACUGUACAGGAAGCUGACAGAUUUAAGGUGAUUGAAGGAGGGACACCGUUUAAACAUAUUUGGUUUCUGGUAAACUGUAACUCUCCAAAAAUGGACUUCUAUACUGGUGCAGCUCAUUUUCUGGAUUCUAGUCCUGGAUAAAGAUGUCUAUGUACUGUCCCUUUCCCCAUUCAGUCUGUGUCUUUUCAAAUCUGCGUCAAUCCCUUUUAAACCGAGUACCUUGUCUCUGUUUGUCUUACCUAACAUUCACUCUAUCUUUUUGAGAGGAACACUAUGGUAUAUUUCACACUUUCAGCUCUCAGUAACAACACUUCCUACAGAGAUAUCUAUAAUAAGCCUGUCUGUCAUGAAUCUUAUUGUUGCUGUUUCUCCUCUAUCCCUCAGGGAGUGAUUCUCACUCAUCAGACUUGGGUAAGUCUCCUGACAUCACACAUAGAGGCUGUGAAACAUGAUCAAGUCCUCUCAGUGUGAUAUUAAAGCGAUCGACUUCAUCUCCAGAUUCUUGGCGGUCGCGCAGCGCUACAGACGGCCUUAAGAAUGGAGAUGCCAGCAGCUCAUCUCUCGCUGCCAAAGGCUUUCGCAGUGUUAGACCCAACCUACAGGAGAAAAAGUCAACACAGGUAAGAUUCCCCACACACCGCUCACAGAUGUUCUUAUUUACUGCUCUUUAAAGUUUAAUCAAAAAACUGUGUUCUGAGUCACAAACCAUCAUAAUUAUGGAUAAUUAACACAGAACCAAACUGCAUUUCUGAGACUUGAGGGAAACGACUUGAUGACAGUAUGUCUUAAGCUUUGCACUGAUUUUUUUCUUGUUUUUGUUUUUGUCGCUUAAACUUGUGCUGGCUGUUGCUUUCUAAUUGAUCAAUAAGGAUAUGAAUCAUGUGCCUUUGCCACCCCCAAGGAGAGAGAGUUUCCACUUCUCACCCACUGGAGCUAAUCCACUAGACUAUGACUCCCUCCUUUCCCUGGCUAAUGAGCUCAGCCCUGGAAUGCUAACAUUCACUCAGAAUGAGAAGGCCGUUUUGAAAGAGUCCUACACUGUUCGCAGCACAGCUUCUUACUCCUACUCGGAGACCAGUUCAAACACCGUCCAACAGGAACCCCCGUCCACUGUCCCAAAUGACACCAGCAGCUGUAGUGCAUCUACCUCUGCUAACACACAGACCCAAGAGCGUAAGGUGUCCUCCCUUAAAAUAACUCCUGUCACUAUCCCUGAUCCCCCGGCUCACACCAGCUCUCACAGUGACCCUCAAACUAAGACCACAGGUUCCCCUCCACCCACUUCACCACCUCCACAAAAGGAUCCCACCCUGUCUUCGCCUCAGACACGGAGGGGCCCAGAGAACCUGACACAUCCAGAAAGUCAGUCUUCAAGCAACACUGAAGAACUCAAGGUCCCAGAUCAAGCUUCGAAGCCAACCCCGAGUUCAGCCCCAUUACACUCUAAAGUGGAGGUGACGAAGGCUCCUCCUGCAGUCCCACCAAGACCCUCUGCUGCACAACUGUUGGUACAUACCGGAUCAAAAGACCACUUCUGUGUUCAUGUUAGGAUCACAACAACACUACAUAUUGGGUUUUUGCCUUGAUGACUUAGACCAUAAGAAGAAAGGUUGGAGUCAAAGUUCAGUACCCAAACUGAUUUAAAUUUGUUUUGGUGAUAUGAUACAAAGAAACUCCAGGAAGUCUAACAAAGAGGUAUAACUUGAAGCCUCUGGUGUACAGGCUUAAAAAAAAGGUUGUAAAGAUGGGAUGUGCUGCCUGUGUGUGUUGUCUUUUGAGUUGCUGAUGCUGCCAUCUAUCCAUUCAUCCAGACUAAUUGUUGUUCAACACAUGUGCAAACUCAUGAUAUCUGUGUCUUAACUGUUAAAGUGAUUUAAUUUGAUCCUGUUGUUGUCUGUGUUCUGAAUAUGCUGCCUUCCACAGUUUAAACUAACAGAGCCUCUUUGAUUCGCAGAGUUAAUCGUGUUUCAGAUGACGAUGAUUCUGCAGCCUCAUGACACUUCACAGCCGUAUUUCACCCUCUGUUAGGCUCACGAGUUGCACUUCCUUUGUGACGACGUGGCUAAUGAGUGAUGUCACUAAGCACUCUUCCUCCUUUCCUCCUUUUUCCCCCAAUCAACUGCCUCUCCUUCCAACACCAGGGGCCCCCCUCCCCUGACCCCAUGGCACGGCACUCCCCCUUUCGCUGCCACAGCACAGAAUCACUCGACUACCCUUCAAGCCUAAUGCCCAAGGCUCUGUCGCCCACCCCGUACGUUGCUAGCGGUGCGGGCAGCACAGCCGGUGUGGUGAGCGGGCCGAGCUUUGCCACAGUCAGCAGCCCAGGCGCAGGUGGUUUCGUGUCACCCUCGGCCUCCCCCGUGACAGUGUCAGCUCUCAGUCACUACUCUUCAUCCACGGCGGGUCUGCUGGACGAGCUGCAGAUCUGUAGUCUGGACUCGCCUGGCGCCUCACCCACGCCGUCGCCCACCCUCAGCCACGUCUCCGCCUACACAUCCACUGCUGGCCCUGAUGAUGCGCUAACAACCUCUGUGGCCUCCACUGCUGCAGCAACCUCUGUCACUAACGUAAUUAUCCCAACAAGUCACUGCUGUAACACUUUUCAUUAACCAAAACAAAUGGUUCCCUCUCUGCCCUCUUUUAUUUGGAUGGCUGAACCAAACUGUCAUAAAAGUGUCUCACUACCAAUUUGUACCUUUUACUAACAUCACUUACAACCUACCUGUAAGAUACCAGGAUUACAGUCAGCCCACUAUGUUCCCUUGUUAUGUCAAUGUGUCUGCAGUCAUCAAAACUCUGUGUGUUUUCUGUCUUUGGAUCCCUCUGUCGUCGCUUCUGCAGUCCAGUGUAAUUGAAAAUACCACUUCAUAUCAGAUUUGUUGAGAAGCUGUAGGAGGCCGACACUGUUAGCAGGUGUAAUGUAACAUGCUUGAGAAGGGAGGUAUGUUUCCUGUCCUAUAUUACCACAUGCAUCUUCUCAUCCCUUUUGUAAAGAGCUUCAUGCCGAGUCUUAAUUGCCAUUACAUGUAGAUCUUAUUCUAUACUCUGACUAGGGCUGGGCGAUAUGAGAAAAAGUUUAUCACUAUAUAUCUUUUUCAUAUCAGUCGAUAUCGAAAUGUUAUCACAAUGUAAAAAAUGUAAACAGUGCUUAUUGGUAGCAUGUCUUUUGCAAUACAAUAAGCUCCUGCAUCUGUGAGGUCUUUGUGUCUCUUGAACGUUUCGUCGUAAGGCGUUGCACUAGAGAAAGCGGACUGAAUGGUCAGCUGUUUCGUCUGCACAGAGGCCACGACUGCCUGUGCUCUGCCACGUGGCACUGCUUCAGGUGAUGAAAAAGAUUUUAAUUUAUUCCCCAACUUUGUGAGGAUAUGUACUCAACAUAAUUUGCAGUGCACAUUACCACACCACCGACGUUUUCGUGCCAGUGUUGUCGACGAUGUCAUCAUCUGUUGAGCCUUCAUCUGCAUUUCUGCGGGGGGUAGCACUCAUUUUCUUUUUUCCUCACUGACAGUGCUGUCGCCUUCAACUGUUAAAGUGCUAUGGUUGCAUGUAGCUGCAGUCUGCUAUUACACCAUUGUUUGCUACUUGGUUCUACCCAGAGCCGGAGCAACUCCCCUUUUCAUUGGCUAUUCGUAUAGUCUACCAAAACAUGGCAGAAUGCCGACUAUUGAAAAGGAUAUUGACCAUGUUUUAUAUUGAUAUUCAGGAAAAUUAAUUUUCGAUAUAUAUUGUUAUCGUUUUACCUCCCAGCCCUAACUCUGACCUUAGCUUCUCAUUGCCAAACAAUGAACUCAGUGAGUAUCAUAUCAAUCAAAGAUACAUUCCCACUGUUUGCUUCUCAAAACUUGAACCCCUUAAGCUACAAACCAAAUAUUCUCUGUCCCAUUCACAAACUCAUCUGAUGAUUUGUUUGCUUCUCUAGCCGACACAGCAGCCAUCAUAAGAGCUUCACUCGACUUUUGAAACCCUCAACAAAAAUUUGGAUCAAAGAUCUCAAAGUCUGUCAGAAUAGCUGGAUUCAAAGCCGUUGGGUUGAGAUUGUUAGCUGUGGCAUUAUAAUCACAGUAGCAGCAGCAGUAAUGUGACCUUUUGUGUCUAAACAGGAUACGUUUGGCGUGUUUGUAACCAGUGUUUUGGCUGCCCUCACAACCCAACAUACAAUCACUGUAGUUACGCUUGUAAAACAGAAAAAAAUAGACUGUCUGUGGAGAGUGCAGACAAUGUGAGUAUUUAGAACAGACAUUACGAACUUCCUGGGCUGGAAAAUGCAGCUGAUGUAGAGGUGCUUUAAAUUUGAAUCCAAAAAAAUGGACUUUAAAAUUCUUGAAAAUAUUUUGCCUCUUAUCUCUUCACCUGUACAGUUAUAAAAAUUACAAAAACAAAAUGCUAAUGUGCCAAAAGAAGCUGUACUGAAAGUGGACACUUGUAGCCGGUUACAGAGGAGAAACAUCCCAAUAGACGAGAAUAUCAAAAUGUCUACUGUUAAAGAAAAAUAAACAACCUUCCAGCAUGAAAUAGAAAAGUUUUCAUCUUCAUCUUCCAUCAUUAGUGAACCAUAGUUUAAAACUGUGCACCAAAGCCCAGCUAGACACUCAAAAACACAGCUGAUAUAUUUACGUCACGUGGCGUAAAGAUUAUAUCAGUGUGUUUAUUAUCCCUGAUCUGAUUACUAUUAAGAGUUGAAAUUCCAAGUAAGGUAGUCGGUGGUUUAGAGCUACUAUGAGUUUUGGUCUGAUCAGUCAGCGCUCAGUUUAAACUUGUCAUCUGUAUCGUUUGUCAGAUGGAAUCACGUGUUCCUGUGUCGUGUUGAAUGGGAGCGCGUUCAUCUGAACAGCUUCUCAUCAUAACUGUAUUGUGUCUUGUUUGUGUUACCACUAAUUUAUAAUGAAAUCUGAAGGAGCUGUGUUUGUUUACUGUCACUGUCCUAAUCUUUUGUUCUUUUUGAAGUGAAGUGAUUUAAUAAGUUUCCCCUCCCCCUCACUAACUGUGUUUACAUUGUGCAGUCACUUCAGAUUCAGCAGGUCCCAUGAAUCACACCAGCCUCAAAAUCUGUCCACAUUGACAGUCACCACUAUUUUAAGCUGCACUGCCCCUUUAUUUGUUUUCUCUUUUUUUAAAAAUAUGGUGACUAAUAACAGAUUUAUUUAACUAAUUGUCCUUUUGUUUUCCCAUUUUUAAUACCUGAAGUCAACAACAUUCUCCACCUUAGUGAACAGAGAAUUGUGCAUUUUGCUGCUAUCUGAGAUCUGUCAUGACUGAUCAUCUCUGUGUCUGGUUUGUGGCUCACCUGCAGGGCCAGGUCCUCUCUCAUGCCAUGAACGGAAGCACCAGCCAUCCACAGAGACCCCUCUCUCCACCAUCCUACCCUCCUCCCCCCUCGUCACUCCACACUGGACUCCUGAGACAGAGCAGGAGCUCAGGUGAGCCCCCUGUAUUUGAAUCGAGGACACCAAAAGUUAUUACUGCGGUCCUGAGAGAGUGUAGAAAGCUGUUCCUCUACUGUUAAAAUCUUUAACACAGAACAGCAGCAACAUCACAUACACAUUUUUGUUCAUUCUCAUUUUUUGUCUUUUCAUCUAGAUGGCAGCGAGACCGUUAUCAGAGAGUCUGUGGAGUCGGGCCACACCAGCGUCAGCAGCACUGUGCCCAUCGCCCGCUUCUCAGAAGAGGAGAAGAAAGUCUCCGUCAUUAAAGCCCCUCAUUAUGAAGGGAUCGGCCCUGUGGACGAGUCUGGCAUUCCCAUCGCCAUCCGCACGGUGAGCACAAACCCACACAGAGCUGAACUCGUUUUAUAGCAGACUUGACUCAGUUAGGUAUCAGAGCAUUGCAUGGGAGUGUUUUUUUUACCCAUUUUUGUUGUCUUGAUAUGUGAUCAGGCCUACAAGAGGGGAUUAAUUUUCGCUGUCAGCAGCUUUUGACCCCAAAAUAAAAGCCCUUUUCUCUCACUCUCACUAUCUGUGGUGUCUCCUUUACUCUCUCUCUUUCUGCGCUGAUUAUAGAGAUGUGCUCAGUCAAGGUCUCUGCUUUUGCUCUGCGAGAUCCUCACAGCUCACUCACCCAAGCGUGUCCCUGUCUGUUAUCUCCGUUAAGGCUUUUUGGAUAUUAGCACCUCACUCAGCUAUCCAUUUCUUGAAGAGUGGCUUUUAAAGGCUGACAUGUGAGACUGCAGAAUCAGAAAGUUACAGAAGAAACGAGGGACAGGCAAAGGAAGCGGGAGAAAGGUGACAAGGAAAAGAGAGUCGGGAAGAAGAGAAACAGAUGCUCCUUAUUGUGAGCAGACAAACAUUUUUGUGGGCACUUUAUUCCGUAACCAUGGAGAGUGAAGUGGUAAUUGGCCUAUCUUUGGUCGCGCCAGCGCUACAUGCUCAGUCAAACACACUCUUUCACUGUGGAGCCGAACCGCCUCCUCUCAGACCAGAGUCCAGACACAGUGUUUAGUGCUACUGAAUAAAGAGAGGAUUAAGUCUCUCUGCCAUUUGAUAGCUCUUUUUUGAAGUGGCUGUUAGAUCCAUACUGUGUAUACAAAGACGCAUUCCAGGGUCUCUUCUUGGUUUUUCCAGGCAGAGCAGCAGAGGCUCCAGCUUUGAUUUUUGUAUUAGCAAAUCAAACCGCUGAACAUACAUAAAAAAACACACAUACAGUAUAUACAUUUUAUGCCAAAAUAUGCUUACAAUAUUGUUUGAACCAGGGGUAGGAAUCACUAGUGGCCCCAAGAUACGAUAUUAUCAUGAUACUUGGGCCAUGAUACGAUAUUAUUGCGAUUUUUAACACUUUGUAAUACAGUGAGUAUUGCGAUACAAUGUAUUGCAAUUUUUAUACAAUUUUUUCAACUGUUUAGCUAGUUUAGCAUUUGUCUUUCCUUUAUGUUUGUCUUAUUUACACUGUAUUUUAUUUUCAUGUAGCACAUCUUGCAAACCUUAUCAUAGAGCAGGAGAAAGUUAGUACAACAAACAUAUAUGUCACCUCUGCCGACCUCACUUGACAAACAGUUGAUUUUAUUUUUUCCAUUAUUGUAGAUUUGACUUCAUAUUAGCAAUUAAUUUGAAAAAUCAAUACUGGGUAAAUGAGACGAUAUGAUAUAUCACCGGACAAAAUAUUGCGAUACUCUGCUGAAUCGAUUUUUUCUCCCACCCCUAGUUUGAACACUGUCAUUUGGGGCAUUUUGUGGCUAUUUUUGUGAUUUACUCGACUAUCUAAGUGUUCAAUGUGAGCAAUGAUUUUGAUUUCUGCUUUUACUGAUAGAACAACCUCGAACUCAACGUCAUAGUAUGCAUAAUACCAUCAGAUGUGACAAAUGUGUUCUAUAUUCUUUCUUCAUACCACAGCAGAAGUGAAAUUUCCUGCGAGUGAAAUAUGGAUCCCUAGAGGGGCUGAAAAUGUGUUUUUCUCCACUCAGUAAAUGUCUUUAAAACAGUUGGAAGCAUUGCUUCUUUCUUAUCUCAGCUAUCCAUUUAAUGUUUCAUUACACAGCACAUAAACCUUUACGGUUAUUUCUCUCUCUCUCCACAGACAGUGGAUAGGCCAAAAGAUUGGUACAAGACGAUGUUCAAACAAAUCCACAAGGUUCACAAAGCAGGUAAGUCUGUUGUGUAUCGCUCUGAACUGGAGAAAUGUCUCAUUAUUCGAUGUGAUAUGACCAUCUGACGUCAUGAGCAGAAUCAGUCAUGCAUGCAUGCUUCGUACACGGGUUUGUGCACCUUAGUGUGUCUGUGCAUGCUUGUUCUUGUUAAACCAAACAGCCUGCAGAGCCUCAGAGCCAGAACUCAUUAGACGAGAGCAAGAGAGACUGGAGAGAAGGCAGAACAGAGAGAGACCUCUAACAGACUCGGAGCUUUCCUGGGAAAUCUGCUCUCAUUUUGUGGGCUCAACAGAAUCACACAUUCAGUACAAGGCUUGUUUGUUCAUAACUGCUCAGGCUUCUUUUGCUGCAAUUCACAAACACACAUGCACACACACACACACUCACUCACACACAUUUGGACGCAUCUUUGAGAUUUCCCAUGGCUCUCUGAUUGUUCACACAUUUUCAGUGAAGUGACUUCUUCUGCAGGGUGCUAUCGUCCUCCUGGUAAGUCCAAAAGAAGCAGAUUAAAAAACCGUCAUUCGAAACACGCUGAGCUUGUGGAUGAACAGAAGAGAGUUGGUUUAUUUUGUGCUGCUCGGGUGGUUUUGAUGCUUCUUUGUGCUGUUGUAAAAAGGGUCCCUAUCGGAAAUGACUUUGUAUCUGACAGCAAAGAAGCUGACGAUUAUACAGUUUGCAACCUCUGUUUCUGUUUCACCGAGUCCUGAAUUCUUUCUUUUGCAGAUGAUGACUAUUCUGACACAUACAAUGCCACAUAUGCUGUCAUAAACAACGGUAAGAUUAUUUAUAUGUAAUAAAAUGUAAUAAAAAUAAGUCAUUUCUUCCCAGCCUGUUUUUCUCCCUCUGCCUCAUUACUUCUCCCACAAAUGUCCUCCCUCUCCUCUCUUCAGCAGAUGACUACAACCUGUCACCCACCACUACCAUGGCUCACCCCGCUCCCAGAACACACACGUACAGGCCGCUUGCCAAAAGCCCCUCUGACAACGGAGGGCAUCCAGGGCCUCGGGAGCCUUCGCCAUCCCCUGUACCUCCACCUCCUCCACCCAUGCCAUCUCUCCUCCAGCUGAGGGCCAGAGACAGUGACCGCGAGAAAGACUCACCUGACUCGUAAGUUCAAAUUUAGGUGUAGUAAAAACAGAAAAAGAAAUAAAUUGGGUGAAUUAAGAUGGUUUUAAGUUUCCCUAUUUGGUUGCAUGAACUCUUUGCCAACUUAGAUAACAUUGCUUUCAUUUUAAUCACACUCUUCAAUAUGCUUGGAUAAUAAUUUAACUGUCAUCAUCUUUUAAAAAAAACUGUUUUUUUUUUUGGGCUUUUCUCAGGAAUGAAUGGGGACCUCCAAACCGGAAAGUGGACACACGAAAGUACCGAGCAGAGCCGAAGAGUAUUUUUGAAUAUGAGCCGGGGAAGUCCUCUAUUUUGGAGCAUGAAAGACCAGUAAGUACAUAACAAAUCUGGUUUCAUUUGAUUAUGAUAGAUUAUGAUUUCCUCCUUGCUUAACUCCUCUCCUCUUGUAAUAUUCACUUGUAAGGCCUGUGGGAGCUAAUCUGGAAUCUGCUUAGGCUGUUAAGUUAAUUCUUUAUCACAUUGAAAAGACUGCUGUCUAGUUUGUUUACAAGAACGUUUUACAUUUUGUUCAUUUUUUCCAGAAAUUUGAAAGUUUUAUCUCUGGUCAUUUUCAGAAAAUGAUGUUUGAUUUCUGUCAUACUUUGCUCUUUGUGUUUUAUGUUGUUUUAGUCAAGAUUAAGUCAGUAGAGCAAAGUUUUCAGUUUAAUCUCAUUCUUAACUUUGGUCUAAUUUCCACCCAGUGUUUUUGUUCUUCUUCUAUAAACAGAGAGACACAGUUCCUUUCUAUGUCUACCUGUCUGGGCUGAGAAUGAGGUCCUAUCUAACUUUUAUACUUCCAUAGUGUCAUGUUUUAGAAAUCGAUUAGUAGAUUAAAUAAUGAGAAUGAGGAUAGAUAACUUUUCGAAAACAGAAUUUCCUGACUCACAUCAUGGACGUGAAUUGUAAAUGUUGGCUAAAUUACUUGGGGUCUUUAUAUGACUCGUUAAGAAAUCAUGAUUCACCCAUAGCUGUUUUUGUUCCCCCAGGUAGCCUGAGCCAUUGAAUUAAACUAUCAGUAAAUGGAGCACGGCAUGCUAACAGUUUACAGGCGCUCUGUCGAGUUGCAGCCUUGCCUGAUUCCACAAAGACAGAGAGUUUACACAAAUAUACAAAACUGAAUCAUUACACAUCCUUAUUUACCUCUCAGACACCAGGAUGUACCCAGUUUUGAAGUGUCUUUUUUUUAUUUGUAGUGCUUUUUUCCUCCUAUCUUGUAUUCACAAGGCACUCUGUCCUCACUGGGAAUAAUUUACUCAGUCUUAUGUUCGGCAUUGACGUGACAAACUGUAUCCACAAGCUGAUCUUUUUUCUUCCUUCCCAUCCCACAGCCUGCUGGUUUUAAUGAGGCACUCAUUUUUUUUGACAGCACCCGUGUCAGGCUUUUCACAAAUGAGCUAAUUGCUACCCACUUUAAGCUACUUACCAUAGACUGUAUACAAAACCAUCACCCAGUGACACUGAGAAAGGUGCAGGAAAGUGGUAAGAACACACACCCCUGCAGACUUGCUGCAGAUGGAUGACUGGUUUAAAGUAGAGCAAACAGUGAUUGUGCUUUUUGUCUAAAAAAAUUAACAUCCAAAGAAGAAAACAAGCACACGUCAGGUGUAAUAACAGUGUACAGAUGGAUCUAUGUUAAAAAGAUAUAUCAAAUAUUACAGAGAGGAAAGCUCCACAAACACACUGAGCCCCUCUUCUCGCUAGUCUUGGCCGGCAUUUCUGUUAUGUAAUAGAUUUUCACUCCAGGCUUCUGCUUGGACUCCUUCCCGUCAGACAGUGUGGGCGUCAAAAAGCAAAGGUUUCCAGCGCUGCAUCCUCCAGCGACUGUACCGUUUGUUCACUCUGUGCGGGGUGAAUGACACAGCAGACAGCAGCAGAGAUAAUUACCAUGUCGAGGGAGGAAAAAAAUAAUAGUCAUGAGGUAUCUGAGAUAUGGACAAGAUAAUGGAUGAAGCAUAAUAGAUGUGAAGUCUGUAAUGUUGGAAAAGAUUUGAUAGGAAAGGGUUUUGUAAAGGUUUUUUAGAUGUUUAAUAGGAUGACUGCAGUGAGCUCUCCCAGGGCAAUAAUGCAUGAGUCAGUUCCUGAUAAGGCAAUCAAAGGAGAGAGCAGCAGAGAGAAGAAGUAAACCCUCUCUGGCUCAUCUGCUGUCUAUAAAACAGUAUGUCGACUGCUCACAAUUUUGUUUUUUCCCAAGAACAGAAGCGGCACUCGGAACAGUCUGUUCAGCAAAGCGACCAUUUGUGCAAUUACAAGCAAUAGAAAACAAAUAUGCCUUCCUGGCACUCUGUUCCUUUAGCUUCCUUUUUUUUUUUUUUUUUUUUUUUUUGAAGAGCUCGCAGUACAUGUGUGAUAAGCUGUCUCCGCACUAGGCUUCACUUUUUUUUUCACAGGGUGACUCAUUUGUCUCAGAGCUGAAUUCUCUUUUUAGCAGGAGAGAUGAAAACACAGCAACACCUAGAAAACAUCUCCUGGCAGUGUUCUCACUUGGCAUGAAAAACUCCAUCUCCAUGUGGGAAUAAGGUUGGAAAGAGCAGACAGAGUAGUAAAACAGUGCAUCAUCUUCACAGUUAAAACGGCAGUGAAGCUCUUAGAAAAUGAAGAGGCUCUUGACUGUAGUGCAUCAUGAAGUGUGCAAAUAUAAACAAACAGAGAGGGCUGCACUUGAAAAGUUUAAACAUUAAAACAUGGAUAAAGGAAAGAUAGAUAACUUGAGGCAUCGCUAAAGUGUAUGUGUGCGCUUAUAUGCACACUGCUGUUGUAUUGAAAUAGUCACAUUCCAGCUGACACAGUUUUUGAAGGUGGAUUUGACAUGGAAAUGAUCCUCUGCCCUACAAAGGCAGAGCUGAGUGAUAGAAUCUAUUACAUCACACAAGCACAAAUACACUCGUGCCUUCUACAGGCAAUUUGACCUGUUCACAUGUCAUGCAUGCAAAUCGUGGGACGGGAAACACUGUGUGUCAUUGGCCGGUAAUAUUCAGGAAGUGAUAGGAUAAUAUUGGGUGGUAGGACAAGUCUCAGUGUAAAAAAACAUCUUGACUAGGUUAUUUUAAAUCCAGCUUUAUAAGAGUCCAUACAGAGAAGCUAGGUUAGAAGCUAGUCAGCUAAUUACAUGCUGUUAUCUUAGUGUGAGUAACCCUCAUAUGUCCUGAAACUAGAUAUCACACAUGCCUUUCUAUCAUCCUCGAUGUAAUGGUGGGAGUUUAGUAUUCCUCCCACACGGGCUGCACUAAGGUGUGGAUAAUGAGUUUGGGUGUUAAAUAUGUAAAGCUCAAAUUAACAUGCUGAUUGUCAUUAUCAAUCACCUAAGCCACGGCUCAGUAUAAGGUAGGAGUAAUGCAAAUCUGUCUUGGUGCAUGUGGGAUUAAUGAAUAUCAAUUCAAAAGGCUCAUAGCCGCCUGUUGUUAUGACUCUGCUCCUUGCAGCUCUCCCAUUAGUUAAAAUGAUGAAAAUAAGUCUUCUCCUUUUUCUCCAACUGGAGUACAAAUUGGGUUUUGGAUCAUUGCAUUUGUCCCCAUGAGCCAGUCUUAAUCUUCAUCCUGUACCCAUCUCCCUCUGCCACCUGAGCCCAUUCCUAACCAUGAGCUCCAUGUCUCUCUCUCUCUCUCUCUCGUUCUCUCUCCCUCUCUCUCUUUCUGUGACUUCUUUCCACACUUCCUGUCUUCUGACUAUCUUUUGCCUCCUCUCUCUGUCACUGUCAUGCUUUCCCAGACCUAUGAUGACAUAGAUUUAGAGAACGAGCCUUGGUAUAAGUUCUUUUCCGAGCUGGAGUUUGGGCGGCCGGUAAGUCAGGGCCAUUAUAACUGCACACCCUCAACCACAACCCUGCUGUAGGCAUACACCCACUUUCUACACCCCACCCAUGAUUUUUUUUUUUGACUGUCUCUGCCAAUAGCUCGGGUGGGGCUAGUUGUUUGGGCAUGUGGUACUUGUUGGGUGCUGUGACCUCCUCCCCCCACCCUUGUGACAGGCUGUGUUAUGUGACCGCAUUGCUGUUUUGUUUUUGUUAUAUUUUUGGUCUGGUGGCUAGCAGAUGGUGAAAUGUUGACAGAAACAUCUUGAUUGUUUUAUUUAUUAAUUUUUUUAUAUUUAUUAAAGGUCUAUAUUGUAUCUUGACCAAAUUAAAUAAGAGUCUUGCAGAGGGAUUUUAGAGCUACUGCACAGCACACAUAUCUAUUAAAUUCAUGAUCAAGAAACUCUUCUGCAUAAACCCAAUUCAGUAUGUGCAUUUUCACACACGUAUCAGAUAAUCAGACUUAAAUCGACCUAUUUUAGAUGCUCAUUUUGACAUUUCUGACAGUGAGAGAAAUCCUUUACAUAGAGCUCAACUCUUUGGCACCACCUGCUGGUUGUAGGUAAUAUAACACCCCGGAGGCUCAUGAACUGCCUCUAGUCACGGGUUUGGGGUCAAAUCACCCCAGCCUAAAUGUUUAAGUGUCAUGAGGUCAUGUCUCUUCACAGCAGAGCAUGACAUCAGGAGUUUUUUUGUUUGUUUGUUUCUAUCUCGGGCUUAUUCAAAAUGUUCAGGUGAAAAUGUCACAUCUGAUGCCGGCAUGACUUUACGGAGCCAUGUACGGCUGUGUGUUGAGAUUCCAACCUGCAAUAUUUUGAACCUUACACAGCACUGAAUAAGCCCGUAGAGUCCAGACGGUUUGUCUAAAUGCACUGACCGGUCCGGCUGGGACAGAAGCUCACAGUAUGUUCAGUGUUUGAGUGUCUGUUGAUGUGAUGAGGUGUUCGGGGCGACUGAGUGAAGAAUAGUUUUGAAAAGCAGCACUAAAUCACAGCAUUUGAGAGUGAAACGCAUUUUAGUCUUGAAUAAACACACUCCAGCUUGUGUAUCACCCGGCUUUAUUUGCUUCACAGCUUGCUCUCACUCUCUGCAUGUGUGUGGUACAUGGGCACAUUCCUGUGUGUGUGUGUUUUUGUGGUAUGGAGAUAGAUGUAGAAGCCUGUAGCCUUUAUGUGAUUUUGACUCUGAUUUAACUGGAGCUUUGACUCUAGCAUUGUGAACGCACUAAUAUGUCAAGUAAAAAAAAAGCAUUUCUUGGUGGUGAAGCAUAUAUGUAGGUGUGUGUGUGUUUCUUUGUGAGUGUGUGCAUAUAUAAGAACCGCACAUGCAAACCACAUGUGCUACAUUUGUGAUCUAGUCCAUCUCUGGUAACUCGGAUUCUCUAACGAGUGUCACUCUCUCCACCUUUUUUUCUUGUUUGUUGGUUUCUCCCCAUGAUGUCACCACUGCUUCUCCUCCUUCACCUCAUUUUCACCUUCUUCCUCCUACUCCUCCUCCUCCUCCUCCUCCUCCUGCUCACUGCUGCUGCUUUGGGCUCAAGCCUCCUAAAAAACGGCUGGAUUAUAAUCCAGACAUCUCCGCUCGCCAGCGCAUUGAGGUAAUCUCACAUACAUGAGUGUUCUCAUUGUGUUUAUCACAGUUUCUAACCAUUCAGUGAAAUCAAAAUGCAGAUGCUGUUUGAAAUAAGAAAGAUGUGAUUGGUUAGAAUGAAUGGGUUGUGUAAGGCGCUGAUUCAGUGUAUUAUUUUAUCAGAAUUUCUGUCAUUCACCGCUGAGGUUAUGAUGUUGCUAUGUGAAGUCUGAAAAAUAGUUUUUAAAUGCCUUUCAUGUUUUUUGUUUGGCAUUUAAAGUCUGCUGGUUGGUUCAUAUACAUCAAAUCUUCUUUACAAUCUUUCUUUACAACCUCUUCUUUUAUUAACAAUUGUUUUAAAAGUCUUGAACUUUUCUCGUCUAAGGAGAAAAUAGAUUGAGAACGAAAUCUUUUUUGUCGCAGCCUAAGAACAGACGCCCAUAUCUGUCUCAGUUCAAGUAAAUCAAAGUCUAUUCUUACCACUGAGACCCAUUCCAGCUGAUCCACGCCAGGUUUUGUAGCGCAACAUUUGCCCCCCCUGCACUCAGCUCACAACAUCCUUUUGCUGUAUCACCUAUGCCAUCGUCCUUCAGAGCAGCGCAAAAGAGAGCAGAAAUUAAUCCUCUCUGCUUACACCGGUAGGCCUCUUCGAAGUCAGGUGUGCCAUGUGGAACCAGCAUCCAUUGCACCUUACGCUGGGGGAGGGUUUUGAGUGUGGCACAGCUACCAGCGCAUGCAGACUGUGCAUUGUGAGCAGCUCUGACUCGAGUCUUUGUUCUUGCGGAUCUCACUUUUCCCUCUCGUUGUCUGCCCUAUUUCAGACUUCCCUGCACAUCCCUCCCGAUGACAAGGCUCCGGAGAGACCUGCGAGGUAACCUCUGUUUCUUUUAUUUCCCUUUGCACCACCCCCUCCCCUUCUCCCCCAUCCUUUCAACACCAGCAGUGCUUGUUGUGAUUCAGCGCAGAAUCAAAUGCUGCUCUUUCUGGCCUGUCUUCUGGUGCAAAUAGCCUCUGUGUUGGCUGUUAAUGAUAAUUUGCAAGGAUUAGUGUUGGUCUUUAUUUGCUUUUGUCAGUAAAGGCAGGGAUCUUUGCACGUUCACUGCACUGACCGGGCCAGAAUAAAUUAACCCAGCAAAGCUAUUGAUUCUGCCCUUCACCUCCCAUCCUUCCCUCAACAACCCCCCUCUUCCUCCCGUCGUCCCAGUCCCUUUCACAAAUGGCCUGCUUAUUCAGUCGCAUUUUCCUCAGUGAAAAGAGAGGGCAGAAAUGGGAUGUGAUGAAUAGACCAUGUAAUUCAUGUCACUGACAUUAAGUGGGUUACUUUUCCGUUAAAAGCAAAUUGGAUUUUAAAGAUUUUUGAAAUAAGUGAAGUUGCAUUAGCUGUUGUCCCGUCUUUUGAGUCAUAAACACCCAAUUUUUUUGAAAGAUAACCACGAGAGUACUUUAAUUUAAAGUGUUUUUGAACACAGGUGCUUCAAAACAAAAUGAAAAUGAAGGUUUUUCUCAGUCUAUAAAUGACCCAGAAAAUGUCAGAUUGACAAUGAAGAUCUGUCAGUGAAGACCUUUAAAUUUCCUCAUUAACAAUUUCGCUGAAAAGAAAUGGCUUCAGAUUUUUUAUAGUUUUACAGAACUGAGCAGAAAGAGAUGAAAACGCUGAAACGCUGUCGGAUUUUGAUUUAUUCUGUUUUGACUUGACUAGCUUUUAAGCAUGAACACUUCCAGGAAUAUCGUUGAUGGAGUAUCCUCUCAUGACAUCCAUAGUCCAUAUGCAUGGUCACUUGACCUUCUGCCAACUACAUUUAUCUGCUAAUAGUGUUUGGAGGGUCAUUUUCAUUGAUGUCUGACUGUGUUACAGUGCUGCCAGUGACUACAGGAAGAGAAGGAAGUCAGAACCGUCCAGCUCUCAAGCUAAUGCUCAGCCUCAGGGCAGAGCUGUAACUUCCCCUAAGCCUGUGGAUGCCUACAGACCCAGCAGCAGCCUAAAGAAACCUGUGGUCCGUUCCUCUCCAUCCUCACCUUCCAGAGCCAAAGGUACACACACCUGCAGACAUUAACGUCUUUUUGACUUGGUGUAUUUCCCUUUUGGUGUCUUUGUAUUUUCUUUCUCACCACCAGACUGUCAGAAAAAAGAAGAUUUGUUGUCAUUUGUUGUGUUUAUCACAAUGUCUGUCUGGUAUGGUCAUGAAUUUUAUUGUUUUAUUACUUGUUCUCAUGAUUAGACUGGAGUCUCAAUAGCCAAAUCACCGUUUUUCACCCUCUUUUCUCUUCUAUUUGUUCCUCCACCAUCCAUUUCUUCAAUCUCUGGGCUCUGUAUUUCUGCUUAACACACUUUCCUCCUUCUCUUUUAUCACGCUGCUCUUUAUUGGACAUCCAAAAGGUGGGGACGCAUGCAACAUGUAUUCAAACAGUUUGACCUCCCCAGGUCCUUGUCAGCCCCCCUGCCCGCCCCCCCUUCCGCCCCCUGUCCCCUCUGACCCCCUCCUUUCCCACGAAGAUACCAGCCAGGAGGGCAGUUCUUCCUCCAAGCAGUCUGUCUGUUUUCAGAACAGCUGGCAGACUAAAAGCCAGGAUCCUGAGACGUGGAGCAGCGUGGAGGAGGUGCCGCCCUCCCCUCGCAAGCUUAAGUCACGUAGCUGUGAUGACUUACUCAAUGACAGCCAUUCUGGCUCUGGUGGGCGCAAAGCCAACCGCUCAGAAAGUGCCGGGUCACUCGUUUGUGAUGGGAAUCCCUCAGGUUCAACUGGAUCCGCAUCCACUUGCUCAUUGCCCCGCCCCCACCGACGACGGGCACAUGAUUCACCAGGCUUUCUCCAGCUCUAUCGUAAAAUGCACCAGAUUGACCGAGCUCAGAUCAUCCCAUCUGAUGUCAUUCGCUCUGUCCGGGCUCGCAUCCUGGAGUUAGAGCGCCAACCUCACCUGCAUCGACACCGCCUCUUUCCUUGGACACCGUCUUGGGGGGUGGAGGUGCCACGUGAUAUGGUGCCAAAUCGUAUAACUGAAUAUGAGCGCCUUAUUAAAAAGUCUAAAUCCAUGCCAAAUUUGGGUGACAGUGAAGUGCCUUCAGGCACUACCACACCAGGUGGCUCAUCGUCUCGGGCAAGCAGUGGCGGUGGAGGCACACCCAGUUUUCCAAAACGCCGCUUUUCUAUAGAAUCCUUACUCGAGGAAGACAACAACGGAAAUGGUGGAUCAUUACCUCACACUAUAGAUCAUCUACAUCGACCUCGCAGCCCACCUGAGGGCCAGCCUCGGGUUGGGCCAGAACCUGGCCGUGGGCGGUCCUUUCCUGCUCCCCCUGUUCCUCAAGGCUCACAGGCAAAUCCAGACUACUCUGACAGUGAACAAGAUGCUGUUGCCUCAGACCUCAGUGACUUCAUCCAGGUGGAGGGCUCUUCAUUUUGCAGUGAGAGUGACUUUGACCACUGCUCACUCACCUCCUCUGAGAGCUUGUAUGGCUCUUCCACCCUGCACCAUCAUCACCACCUCCGUCACCACCAUCACCACCAUCACCACCACCACCCAGGUCACCAAAGUCUAGGCCAGAGCCAGGGCUACCAACACCGCCACCUCAUAAGCACCUGCAAAGGCCGAUGCCCGGCCUCUUAUACCCGCUUCACUACCAUGCUUCGCCAUGAGAGAGAACGAGCACGCCAGGAGCACCAGAGACCUUCACAUCAGAGCCGCAGCAGCCAUUCUCAAAUCCAGAGCUCACAGUCCCAGCAAGCGAUGUCCAAGCUGGCCUUCCUGGUCAGCCCAGUGCCUUUUCGCAGAAAAAAGGGCUCACCACCUACCUCUAGACGAAGCAAUGGUGGCGGAGAUCGAGGCAGCAGACCAAAGUCCAAGCAGGCCAUUUAUGAAGCAUUAGAUGCAGCCUUGAGAGACAUUUAUGAGCACAUCCAAACAGAGCGAGGUCACAGAGGGACCAGGGCACCUGAUGGUAGCAUCCUGAGAAGAAUACUAGCUGAACUCCUCCCAAAUGUGCCUGAACGAAGCUCCUCAUUACGUGGGAGGAGGGGGUGUUGGCAUGGCGGUCACUCUUCUACGUCUUUGUACCCAGAUGGGAGCCCCACUGGAUAUGGCUCAUAUAGAGGGGAUCCCUCCACACCACGGUUACAGUCACCACGGCUACAGUCACCAACCAAUGCCUGUUACGGACGCCACUCAGACACCUCGAACAAUAAUGAAUAUGGAGAGGAGCAGGGCAAUGGGAAUGGUCUCUUUUAUUCAGGUGGUGGUAUUACACAUAUCUUACUUUACAAGUGCACUUUGUCCUACCUAUGCAUAGUCGCAUUAUGCAUCCUCAAAGUCUUAUCUCAUUGCUCUAUUUCCCCUCAUUUGUUGAAGACAUUAGUCACAGUUUGUGUCAGAGUUGAUAAGACUUUUACCAGGACCCAUGUGAAUCUGUAAAUCCUCAACCAAAAGCAGACACUUAAAUAAUGAUCGUUCUAAUUUGAAAUCUGGUAUGCUAGCGAUGGUGAAGCUCGAGGAUUAUGCCCUUUUAGCUACCAAAGUCCUUCAUGUGAAACAUCGCAGAGUUUUCUGGCAUGGAUUUGGCGAGUGCUCUUAUCUUGAAGACAGUAAUAGCAGGGGAAAAAAAACAUCUUAAAGUGCGUACAGUGAGGAUAAACAACAGUAAAAGUCAGUGUAGCAGAAAGGUAAGGGUGCAUGGCUGUGUUGUUGGACAGAUGGAGAUGGCAAAAUAGAACAGAAGCAGUUUGAGAAGAGAGGAAGCCUGUGUAAAUUCUAAGAGUAUACAUGUGUGAAGUCUUUGAGGAUUUACAGAUUAUAACUUCGGCCUGUGUAAAUAAAUGUGCGUUUUUCUGUGUUUUUAAUUUGUUUAUCUUGGUUCUAUUGUCUGUUGUGCAGUUUUAUUUUUUUAAUUUAUCAUCCCACAGUCAUACGUUCCCUCGAGCCAUUGCUUGUUUGUCCUCUGGUUUUGAAUGGUCUUAUCAUAUUUUGAACUGUAUUCCUGCCAGUUUACAUUUUUUUUGUUACAUCUUUACAUCAGGUGUGCAUGUGUCAUGUUGUGAGAGUCCCAAACGCCUUGUUUUUCUUCAUGUAAAAUGGAAAUAAAACAGAAGUUUUUGACCUGAGCUUUCAUUCCCUCAUUUACCUGUUGGAAUGGCAACCACUUCACCACUCAUCAUAUUCCCAGAGCACAUCUUGUAUUUUUAGCAUGCAUAUGACACGCUUGUAAUGACGACUGUGACCCCCGUGACCUUUUUUAUGUGUCUCUGCUAAUCAUAGACCAGGAUGUCUCCAGGAGUUAUUCCACUAUAGACGGGCGCCACACCCCCCAGAGUAGAAGACCUACUCCAGACAGAGAGGUACUACUUAGAGGCAGAUUGCUAGUAUUCCAGAAGCCAUUGACCACUUUAAAAUGGCACCAUUAUCUUAUUUAUUAAUAUAUUAUUAUUAUUAGUAGUAGUAUUGUCACAAAAUAAUAAUUUUUGUUACACCUUUACUGCACCUUCAUAAUGUGUAGGAAUUGGUUGGCAAUAUUAUUUUUUAUUUCCAAUAAAAUCAAUUCCACUUAACCACUGCUUAAUAGAAAAAUGUCACCAGAUUUGAGAAGCUCUUUUAAAUGUUUUCCCUGGUAAUGCUUGCCGGCUUUCUCUCUCUUCACUCUCAUCUCCCAGGUCUCCCAUAAACAGAUGACACAACUUAUUCUGUUCUCUCUCCUCCAUCAGAAACAGCCUGCGAGAGCCAUUUAUGAUUUUAAGGCACAAACAGCUAAGUGAGUACAGUAAAUGCACCGUGCACACACAGGGAGGCCGAGCAUGUAUGUCUAACGCAUCGACACAUCUCGACGACUCAUUGCAUUCUGUGUCAUGAUUUCAGGAGCUCUUGCACAUUUCUUUCAUCAAGUUUGUGAAGCUUUACUGUCACAUCUUACUACCACACUUGGAUGGCUUUAACAGAUCGAUUCCUUACAGCCUUAAUAUUUGCAUGGAUAAAGCUUCUCUGUACUGAAUCUUUUCAUCUUCCCUCACGGGCUGUCGUUCAUUAACUGACAACAUGUGCGUGAAAUGUGCCUUGCUGAUUGAGGUGGCCGGUUCAUGUCUUCUUCACACCUUAUCUCUGGUAUUUUGAUAAUAAAAAUGUGUUGCAGGGAGCUGACAUUUAAGAAGGGUGAUGCAGUGAACAUCAUCCGGCAGAUUGACAACAACUGGUAUGAAGGAGAGCACCGUGGACGGAUUGGCAUUUUCCCCAUGUCAUAUGUUGAGGUAAACAAAUAUCUGAUAAGUGGUGGAAAUAUGGACCAUAUAGUGCGCAGCGUGUAAUCUCACCCUCUGCUCUCUCUCCCUGUUGAACACACUUCGACUGUAAUGCACACAUAAAACAGAGGAUGCCCUCCUCGGAGAAGCAGCAGCCAAUUCGUCCUCCUCCGCCAGCGCACAUCAGAGAGAUCGGAGAGGCAAUUGCGCGCUACAAUUUCAAUGCUGAUACUAAUGUGGAGCUGUCUCUCAGAAAGGUAGUGGGUUUUUUUUUUUGUUUGUUUGUUUGUUUCUGUGCAAAAAUUAAAAGCUGAAACAGCUUAAACUUGAAAAAUAUAUUUUCACCUCAUGUUGACUGUGGAUAAAAAAUUUCCAUUACAAUAAUUUCAUGAUACUGCUGGGGGAGAAAACUGGAGAAAAAUGACACAGUUAAUAGGAUUAAGGACAGCGCUCUAUUGUAUUGACAUUCUUUUAUUUCAAAAUUAACUUAUGGAGGAUUACAAGUUACAUAACUGAAUAAAAACUGCAAAAAGAAAAGUAUAAUUAUUCAAAUCAUUAGUACCCCUAAAAAGGAGCAAGCUCUUUUGUUUAUUCUGGGUUCACAAGAAAGAUUAGUCAUCAGCUGGAAAGUGCCUUUCAUUCAGAGGGUUGCUGCAACUAGUUCGCUGCUGGCCUCACAUUUAAUGGCAGGUGGCAGCAAGCCUUAAGAACCACUCCCCCCAACCUGCUAUGUAAACACAGCUAUAUUGUGACACAGUUGAAACAUUUUAUAUCCCAAGGCACUAUUCUUAGAAUAUUGUAACGGGACUCUAGAUCCUAAUUUUUCCUAAUUUAACCAGUUCUUGUCCAGUUCUGGUCAAAACAUGUACACCAUCAGUACGCUCUCUUAGUUUUCAAGAUUUAUAAUGUACGGACUUAAACUGCUGGACUAAUUGUGUUUUUGUCUGUAGGGUGAGAGAGUCAUCGUAGUAAGGCAGGUGGACCAGAACUGGUAUGAGGGCAAGAUCCCAGACUCAACCAAGCAGGGGAUAUUUCCCGUAUCAUAUGUUGACAUCAUCAAGCGCUCCCCAUCCAAGGGCUCCACCCACCACAUCAGCCCACAUGGCUACGCCGGCAGCAGGACACCAAGCUCUACACCCGUUAAGGUAGGGGGAUUAUUGAACCGAAUGAAGAAUACAACCUCAACGGAGGCACAAAUCUAUAACCAGUCUGAACUUAAAAAAGAAUGAAGUUAUACUCAAGGGGGGGUUAAUUUUUGUCUGGUGCUAACAAUAGUCACACAUGCCAAGAACAUAGGACCCCUCAUUGAUCUGUUUUGUCAAUUGAUUUUGUUCCGGUAAAUAAGUGGGUUCAUCAUCAGCAUAAAGGUGAAUCUUCAGCUUGACUCUCUGUUCCAGUUUUUAAAAUGACACUGUUCCUUCUUUUUCACUUGACCCUCUGAAGCCUUUCUACCAUCUACCUCCAUCCUCCUUUACUCGUGACCUCCCCUCCCCCAACCCCUCAGUGAGAAGGCCUGACCUGCAAGCUGUCACCAGCGAGUGGCUGUCCCUCACACUGGAGCCCUCUCUGUCCACUCCAACCCGCUCGCUCACAACCACACCCAUACCACCCACGCCCCCUCCACUCCCCACAGACUUUCCACCUCUCCCAAAGACUCAGGAGCCAAAGGCAGGUUCACCAGCACCGCCACUGAGAGACUUUGCCCUGCCACCCCAGGCAUUUACCCAGACCCCUCCUUUUAGGGAAUGGAGACCCAGUUUAGGUCACUCCUCUGCCAUGCUACCUUUUUCCCAACCAGCACCACUUUCUCCUCCUCCUCCACCACCUCCCCCUCCACCUCCACCUCCUCCUCCCCCUCCUCUUCCUGCUCCUCUACCCCUUCCUCAUUCCUCAUUCUUUUCCCCACUGCCCGAACCUUCAGUGCGAUACAGAAGUGGCGAAGAAAUAGAUAUCUAUAAGCCAGAAGUUUUGCCCCACACAGAGUCAGAGCCAGUAAAGUCAGCGGCACAGGUUCCUUCGUGGCAAAAGUCAAAAUUAGAAGAAAGCAAAAGAAGCAAAAUCCCUGAAGUCAAUCGGCAAGUGAAAGACCCUUAUGAUGAACUCCUUUUGAUGAUUCUUGAGGAAUUUUCAAGUACAGACAAUGCUGACACUUCAAGAUCAUCUGCUGUAGUUCUCCCAUCAGCUCCACUUGCUUCUCUAUCCCAGAGCAAGUUUAAGCUAAAAACAGAAGAGCCCCCUCAGCCAGCAGCGAUACCCCCUGCAGACACUGCAGCAGGUGACUCAGCAGGCAGCUUUCGACUAGAGGCGCAGUUUCACAAGCCUGUUACGAUGGAGCCGCUUUCCCUCACUUCGAGAGAUCCAGUAAAAACUCAAAAUGAGCAACCAGAGGAGUCUCAGAGACCACCGUCAGUGAGAGGAAGGGGAUUUACUGAGUUGUUUAUUGAGGAAGAAGAUGACACUAAAGAGGACAAGGAGGAAGAUGUUAAAGACUUAAUGAAAAAUGAGAGACUGAGUCCACAGGUAGAGCAUGGUGUGAGCUGCAUCUGUUGACUUUGGAAAUACCACAGGGCUUUGGAAGGGAGAGAGAGGAAUUGUAUAGCGAAUCAACAAAAGCAACCCUGCCUUUAAAUUUUCUGUUAAACAAAAAAACAGAUUCAAACAACAGCCAGGUUAAAGUAAGCCAGAAACUCCCACAGGGACACUCUUGAAUCAUAAAAAUUGUGGGAAUAAGAUAGUGAACUUUAUAGUUCUUAUGUGAUCGUAAUUGAUUUUUUUUUAAAGCUCCUGUGAGGAACUUUUGGUUUGUGCCAACUUUGGCGCCCCCUGUGAACAAAAGCAGUCUUCCGUUAUCAUGUCAUCUACAUGCUUCAGUAGUGUCUACUAACAAAAAUCUCCCCCAUCUGACUUUUAACAGCCAAAUAUACCAUUUAUUGUAAAUACUGGAUGUGCAAAAGAUAAAAACAAGUCUGUUUCUGAUGGUGUUUCACCCACACUGACCCCUUCACAAUAGUUUCUGGCAUUGUUAACUACAAUAUGAAAACCAUCACUGAUGGUUUUGUUUGCUUUUCUGUAUCAUUACAAUUAGGGGUGUCCAGACACAACCUUUUUUACUUCCGAUACGAAGCCAAUAUUGUAGCCUUCAGAAUUGGCUGAUACCAAUAUUGAUCCGAUAUUAAAAGGAACUUGGGCAUGACAAGAUUUGCACUCAGCUGCAACAUCUUUCUCUGACCUUAACAAAAAUACUGCUACACAGCUGACAUCACUCCUUCUUUUUGCUACUGUAUUUUUUGCACUAUAAGGCGUACUUAAAAUCCUGUAAUUUUCCCAAAAAUCCUCAGUGCACAUUAUAAUCAGGUGCGCCUUAUGUAUGAAUUCUGGUUGUUCUUACUGACCUCAAACCGUUUUUAUGUGGUAUACAGCGCUCAAAAAUCUGUCAAAAUGUUUUAUUACGACUUCGGUAAGCUACAAAGCCGCACAGCCUGUUGGCUUGUCGGAGCACUGCAGCUAUUGCAGCCUUGUGGAGUUAUUGAAUGAGUUAAAUAAAGUUUGAUUUAUCUGACUGCUAUGUUUGGCUUAAUGCGCUUUAUAAUCUGGUGUGCCUUAUGUAUGAAAAUAGACGCGUUCAUUGAUGGUGCGCCUUAUAAUCAGGUGCGCCUUAUAGUGCGAAAAAUAAGGUACUUUGGUAGUACCUUAGUACACACUGUUGUUUUGAUUACAUGGGCUCUGCAUGCAGAGUCUGGAAUGGACUGCUUGUAUCAAAAUGCUUAUAUCAGAGAUUUUAGAUACAGGCCGAUAUAAUCCGAUAUUUAUUAUUUUUGCUGAUAUUGGACCACUAUCUGAUGAUAAUAUUAGAUCGGGACACCCCUGGUAACAAGACACUAGCAUGAAUUUCAACCUAUUUCAUAAACGUCAAAAAGUUCCCAACAAGAGCUUGAACUACAGUGUUCUUGUUAGGACCGUGAAGUAGUGGUAGACAGCUGCUCAGUCUCAGUCAAAUGUUAAGAAGUUCUUUUCAUGUAUGAGACAACAUCGGCAAGGGUUAGAGGCAUUGCUUCGUCCAAAUCAACACAUACUAAAAGUUCUGCACAGGAGCGUUAUCUGAAUAUAUAAUCCAUAAAUGAGACUGCUGUAAUAAUAAACUAUCUUUAUGGUUUGAGUGUUAGAUUUUUGAUUAUUAAUGCUUGCGCGUCAUAGUAACUGCUGCCAGACCAUCUUGAUAAUGUAAGCAAGCAUGUUAAUGAUAACUUCAGGGACAUCUGUAAUGCGUAGGUGCAUCACCUAGGAUCCAUGCAAGCUUGCUUCUUUUUAGCCACAAGAAUAUUUGCCUGAGAUUCAAAGAGGGCUCUUUUAUACUUUCUUUGUGAAUCAGUUUCAGCCUGGAUGACAGUUUUAGUCCAAAAGAGUUUUCACUCCCAUGUCGUAAGUUAAAAUUGGGCAGUACAUUUCUGUUUGGAGCAGUCCCCGCCCCUCCACAGGCAAACAAGAAAUGCCGUAGCCUGGAGCAAGAGCAAACCCCCUUCCCUGCAGAACAGACCCAUUUUGACAUAAACUGAUCAGCUGAUGUGAAGAUAAUCGUCUGUCAGGUGAAAUGGGCUGACUUUAAGAUUAAGAUGUUCUGUUGGCUGAUCUUGACUUUGUCGUCUACCUGACCUAAGGCUGUGCUCAUGUCCUCCUCCUCCUUUCCAGACCUCUGUUAUCAGCACAUUUGCUUCAUCAGAAAGACUUCUUAAGUUCCUUAGCAUGUCGUCUGAUUUAGCAUCAUAAGUGAUUUGUUUGUCAUUACCUCCAUAGGAUGAUGUCUCCCCUCCCGCUCUGACACAGCUGUCUUCCCCAAACCUUCCCUCAACCCCUGUAUCACCUCCUCCAACUUCAUUACCUCACCCUCCUUCUUCUUCUUCUUCUUCAUCCUUAUCCUCUCCUCCUGUUAUCGCUACCUCCACUUCUUCUUCUUCUUCUUUUCCUUCAUCUUCCUUAUCCUUUCCUUCUGUUGUCACUACCUCCCCUCCUUCUUCUUCUUCUCCUUCAUCUUCCUUAUCCUCUCCUCCUGUUAUCACUACCUCCCCUUCUUCUUCUUCUUCUCCUUCAUCUUCCUUAUCCUUUCCUUCUGUUGUCACUACCUCCCCUUCUUCUUCUUCUUCUUUUCCUUCAUCUUCCUUAUCCUCUCCUCCUGUUGUCACUACCCCCCCUUCUUCCCGCUCUCAUACGCAACGACAGGAUCGACCCACCAUCCCUCCCUCUCCCCCUGUCUCCCCUCGACCGUCCCUCCCUCGCCUCCUAACAUCACCGCUGCCUCCAGUGUCUCCCACUCCACCUGUCUCACCCUCUCCCCUCCACUCCUCUCACCCCUCUCCGAACGUUCCCUCACAGCACUCUGUCUCCAGCUCUCAUCCCGUCAUGUCCUACCCCAACGCAGAAUCGCCUACCCCUCUUCCCCCUAAACCUCCUUCCCCUCCCCUAGCCACCCCACGCUCUCCCCCCACUCCCCCCACUGUACCUCAUCACGGACGUAGGUCUCCCAAGGUGAAGGUAAAGCUGGAAUGUGAAGAUAAUGGCUUUGAGUUAGAUUUUGUGUGCAGUGUCCAGGAUUAUAACAAGAACUCAUCUGUUAAAAUAACUGCCUCUUCUUCUUUGUGGCUGAAAAGCUGGACAGUGUUUGAACUUAUAACAGACUGUAUCAUUAAUCUUUGUGGUAUUUAUGUGGAGAAAUUGCCAUGACAGUCUUAUUUCUUUUUUAAUUCAAUGUCAUUGUCUACAUGUUUCACUGUUGGUUGGACUAACACGUACUCUAAAGAACUCACAUGGGCUGUAGUAAAUUAUGAUGGACUUUCACUAACUAGUAGCAGAUAGUAUGUACCAUUGACAGGACCAUGCAUCACUUUGGCUUAAUUUUGGUGAUAAAACUCACUCAAUUAAAUGCCAGAGUUCACUUGCAGCAAACUGCUUCAUAAAAAGUGGAAGGGUUUGAGCUCUUUUACAUUUUAUCACAGGCUGCAGGUUGAAAAAGUCCUUCAGUCUUUUCUAGCUCUUACAUAUAACAUCUUUUAUAACAUCAAGACUUUGGCUUGUAUUUUGUUAUGAUUCAAAGCGUCGUCUCACACAUUUUAGCCUGGCAGUUAGCCCGUUAGCACCAAUGCUUGCUCGUUAGCACUACAGUCUCUCUCUUGGUGCUCUUCUGUCCCUCAGCUUUUACAUAGGAAACAGGAAACACACACCAUCCUCCUCCUGAUCCUCUCUGAGCACAGAGAGAUGCAACUUCCCUGUGCUUCCAAACUUGGUUUCACAUUGAUCUGAGCUGCUUAUGAUGAAGGAAAGUGAGAUUUGUUUAAGGGGAGGGGCCGUACCCACACUCUGCUGUUGAUGAUUGUUGGGGGCCCAGACUGUAAAAUCGGAUUAAUUGCCCAGCUUUAAAGUCCCACUCAGAUCGUAUUUUUUUACUACUUCAAGUGUUCUCAGUGGUCUUUAAAUUGUGAUUAUGAAGUUUUUACCAAAAAUCACAUUACCUAUUUCAAGGGUUUUUCUUCUGCGGAGCUCUGGUAGAUCAUUAUCAAUCUGCCUCUGAGUCGUGGGCAGAGACAGCGCUGCUCUGCACACUCGUCUUCACGUUAGCUUGCAGCCUAACAUUACUGAUGUUGGAACUAUUCAACUCUCGGACACUAAUGUCUUUAAGGACACAAUAAAUCAUAACUAGCUUUCUUACGAGCAUUGCAAUCUGCUAACACACACACUUGUUCCAUGAUCGUCCUCUCUAUUUCUCCUCUAUAUGCAGAAUGUGGCCUGUAUAGCGGGGCUCCGGGGGCGGAGCUUGGAUUGGUUACGUAUGAAAUCUCACUGUUUCUGAACCUGCUGUUUGGGUCUGCCAGAGAUUCACAGUGAUUUGAAUAAAGAAAUACUCAGAAAAGCAAUUUCUCAUUUAGUUUUCUCAUGAUAUGUCCUGUAGCAUCAGAAAAAUGCUAAAUGAACUUUGAAAAAACAAGAAAAACAUGAUUUUCAUCAGAGUGGGUCUUUAAGAUACACAGAUAUGUCCAAAAUUAUUUGUUGUAGUUGUUGCUGAAACUGCUUUUGCUUGAUCUGUUCACUAACAUAUAUUGUACGUGAGUAAUUGCCUUGGGUAGUUCUUGACAGCAGCAUAUAUAGUUGAACUCUCAUGUGUUUCGCUCACAUGGGUUGUUUGUGGUGUGGUCAGCAUGUUCGUGGAUGAUGUUUUGCAGCAUGUCAUCAGCCCUGUGCUCCAGGGUUUUCAGCUCGUAUUGAAGCCUGCAGAAUCAGUUAUUGUUGAAGCUCAUCGGUGUGUUGCUUCUGGUUUUUCUGCCUGUUAAGCAGGAUCCAGUUGUUGGUGGUAAACCUCCCCGUAGCCCCAUCUUGUCCCGGAGGUCCUACAUGUCCCCCAUUAGAGGUCGAAGGGUAGGGGGGCAUGUCUUCAUUCAACCAUGCUCUGAUCGUACCCUAAAAUCUUUAGAACUACCACAUUGUUCAAUAUGUUGUAGAGCAUUUAAAUAGAAGUUUGUGGCAUUAUAACUUACUUAAAAGAGGCAAUUAUGUAUGAAUGAUUCAGUUUAGCCACCUGGAAGGCUAAAAAAGACCCUCCAAAAGAGCUUAUUGAUGUCUUUUUCUGCCUUUUUUUCUGUCUUCCUCACAGCGAUUAGUCCAGGAUGCACUCCAGGGUGGAGGAGACCCGUAAGUGACCUUUGUUUUUAUAUUACACUUUCUAUUCUGGUGAUUUUCUUUAACCCAAAACAAAUAAUGAAUCCCUCUUCAAUAAACUAAAGGUUUAUCAAAGUAUAAAGGAUGAGUGCAUGAUUGUAAUCAUCAACUGCUUGUUUAUAUUUGCUCUUAUUGGUUUAAAACCAUAGACUGUAUAUAGAAUGGACAGCGUCUGCCUCCUCACUGGGCGAAGCCACUCCGAGAACAGCACCCUCUGUUAACGGGCUGCAGUAUAGGUCAUAAAUCCCGCCUCCUCCUGCAAAGCUUAUGGAGCUGUGGACAAACUUUAGAAAUUUAUUACGCAGAAUAUAAAUGUUUCUCCCCCCUGGUUGCGAUGUUGACAUGUAGUUAUUGUAAGACUGGUUUGUGCUCAAGUCUUUUUUUUUUCUGUGAAACUCCGUUUUUAAAAGUUAUUAGGGGGUUCAUGUUUUCUAUGAUUGACACCUGGUACAGCCUAUUGGCGUUCAGGGAUUGCAUAGCUCACUGGGGGAAACGCUGUUUGAGCCGAGCGUCAUCACAGCGACUCUCUGUGACUCUCCCGCUGAAUGCGUACAAUGCUAUUGCGCAAUGUUGGUUUCAGGAAGUGAAGAAAAAUCUUUGAUAUACCGAGAGCUUUUUGGCUUCAAAUCUGUAUACAGGCGGGAGGCAGAACCAAGUUGUCCAUAGUAUAUACAGUCUAUGUAAACACCAGAUAACAAAGAGAAUACUGGAUACAGGAGAGAAAAGCAAAGGUGAUCAUCGUAAUCAUCGUAGAAAAUGUUAAAUCUUCAUUUAGAGCACCAGGUCUGGGUUCACCGUUGUUGUUGUUUUUUUUUUCACAAAUAGGUACCAGGCCGUGUACAACUACCAGCCUCGCAACGAGGAUGAGCUGGAGCUGAGGGAGGGCGACAUUGUGGAUGUGAUGGAGAAGUGUGACGACGGCUGGUUCGUUGGUAAGAGGGGGAACACACAGUUGUUUAGAAAUAAAGAAAAAGAUAGACUAACAUCAUCUGGGUUCAGUGUUUCUACGACUGACACUGGCCAGACACAGCUGAGCACAAAGGAGCUAAAAAUGAGAAAUGGGAUGGAGCCUUACUGUUCAAUUAAAGAACAUCAAUAUUCAAUGAUGUCUCUAUUUUUACACUUCUUUACUAAGUACCUUUAGCUAAGUAUUUUCAUUUCAGGCUUUGUUUACACUCUCAGCUGCCAUUCAAUUAUUUAUAUAUAUCCAGAACUAAUGGACUGUAAUAAAGCGGUCCUACAGUAAAACCUUGUUUGAUAAGGUUUUAUGUAGUGUUAUGCUUUUAAGAGAGAGCUGACUCAGCUUUAUGAGGGUGAAGUUUGUUUGUUUGUUUGUUUGUUUGUUAUUGAGACUUUGCUCCGUUACUUUCACAAGAAUUCAUAUUUAUAUUUAUGCAGUUCGCUGUUCCCAAAGUCCAAACUGACCUGGGGAUGAAGGCCUUUAGGUUUUCUGCUCCUUUUGCAUGGAAUAACCUGCAGACUGAAUUUAAAUUACAAUCUCUGAGUGUUUUUAAAUCUUUGGUGAAAACACUUGAAAGUAAACUGUCCGUAUGCCACUGCUUUAGCUGGCGUUUUAUUUUUACUGUACUUGUCGCUGAUGUUGAGCUGUGUGAGUUUGAAUGUGUUUGUUUUUUGUUUUGAAACUGCUUUGCUGCCAUUCUUGGCCAGGCCCCCCUUGAAAAAGACCUUAUUACCUUAUUAUUACAAGUUUUCAUACACUUGAACUAUACUUGGUAUAUUAAACUAAUGUAGCAGCAAAUGUGAACACAUAGCUGAUGCUGUUAAUGUAGUAGGUAACUUUCCUAUUGUAAACUUGGACCACUAGAUGUCACUGUGGUCCCACUCCUCAUGUUAUUACUGCUCCAGUUAUAGGGCUCAACAUCAUCCUGCACAGCUGAGCACACUUAAAGUUUGUUUCUCUUUUUACAUCCAGAGUAUUUUCUCUUUACAGUCUAUUAUAAUAACCUCUCCCCCCGAUGAUGUUUUCAUGUUUUUGAUCUCCAGGUUUGGCUGACCUCCAGAGCUGCAGCCGUAAUAGUAACAGCGACAACUGCUGCCAAGCUGCAGAGUUUCAGGCCCUGACCACUGAUUUUAUCAUUCUCUGUUUUUACAGGGACCUCUCGAAGGAGCAAGCUGUUUGGAACCUUCCCAGGAAACUACGUGAAGCAGCUAUAAUGACGAUUCCAGACUCCCCUCUCUCUGACCCCGCCUCUCUUUGUGACACUUCAUCACCUUCAGCACAGCGCUCGCAGGACAACACCUCCCUACACUGAUCCUCCAGAUCCUCUCGCACGUUUUCUGUGUUAGAGUGUUUGUGCGGCUGACAGCUUCACACAGACCGAACAUUUAGCUGUAACUAGCCACCUUUAAUGGAAGACUUCUAUGAAAUAAUAAUAUCCUUUUUUUAAUCUUAUCUUCUUAUCCUUAUUUUUCUAUCAAGGAGAACCCAAACUUUGUGCUCCAGUCAGUGACCUUUAACUUUUGACAGCUUUGGAAGGAAAUCAAAGGAUCUGACAGAAAAAAAGGGCACUGCAGCGAUCUUUCUCUUUCUGUUUUAAGGCAGUUAUUAUGAUUGAGUUUUAUUUUUAUGCAGAAUCUCACAUUCAGAAACACGUGUAACAUUUGGUUUUAGCGUCUAAUCAUAAGUAUCCCCAAAGACAUUCAGCGCAGAGUGAUGCAAAAACGAUAUUUGUCAGCAGGUCUGUGAUAGAUGAAAUGCAUUGAAGGGAUUUCAGCUGUGCAGAUGAUAAUUCAGGUAAAAGGAUAUAUGACAUACAUGCAUCAGUGUGUGUUAUUAAGUUGAUGUUAUUAUUGAUUGUUAAGAAUGUGGGGAUGCAGAUAUAAUGAUGAUACAACUCAAUAUUAUUAGGCGGUUAUUUUAAAUAUGGCUGAUGAGGAAGUGGGAAAUCAUUACUGGCUGCCUGUGUUGUCUAAACCUAACCGAUAGAUUUAACGUUUAAGAUUAGAAACACAAAUAUUUGUUCAUUUGUUGGUUUUUCAACUUCACUCUAGGAUUGAUGCACUUUAACACAAUUUUGUGGUUUUAUUUUUUUUUAACCUCAGAUUUCACUUUUCACAGCAGAGGAUGUUAGGACUGUGAGGCUUUGGGGUAUUUUGGUCAUGUUUGAAAAAAAAGAGUAUGCAAAAAUGUUGCCAACCUUUUCGGUAUUAUAUUUAUGAGAUGACAAGUGCUGGUCAAACAGAUGGUUUCAGAAAAGAUGCAAAAACCUGUUUUUUUUUUUUUAAUUUCUUUCAGCAGCAGCGACAUUUGAAGGGUUAUUUUAUUAAGUGUCAUGUCCACACAAAUAACAAGGUAUUUUUGUGGGUUAUAAUCAUGCCAGGAGUCAUGAUAUUUAUGUUGAAUUAUUUAAGGCGGAUGCAGGAUGAAAUGGCGUUUCAGUUUUUCCACUAGACUUUGAAGGCAUCUUCUAACACAGAGAGCGUGUCACUCUUUCAAGUAGGUGUAUACUUUUAGGACUUACUGACGAUUUCCACGUUAUCUUCUUAUGCUAAGUGCUUAUUUGAAUGAAUUGAUGUCUGUUUGUUUCUCAUUUUACAUGUUUCACAUCUGAUGGACACUGACAACGAAAUAAUUGUUAAAGCACCUUAAGAUAUAUUUUGUUUUCUCAUUCAUGCAUCAUACGCCACCUUCUGUCAUCCAGAGACUGAGCUGGAGUGCGAUCACUCUGUGUGCUUGUGUGUGCUUGUGUGUGUGUGUGUGUGUGUGUGUGUUUUGUAACUCUUUUGUAUGAUAGCUGUAAAAUGGCCAACAUCCACUUUUGCUUUAUAAAGUCAACUUUUUCUCACCCACCAUCACAUUUGGUUUCCUCUUUCUUUCUUUCUUCCUUUCUUUCUUUCUUCACAUCCUUCAUCGGUGGUGCUACUCUCCACUUUAUCAGUCUUAUAGCUGUAGCCGGGCUCUAGGCCUGUUUCCGCCAGUUAUUUGUUGUUUUAAGAGCCAGUGACGUAUUUAAACUGACGUAGGUAGAGUGAGUAGAGUUGGGGACUGCUGCCUUACAUCCAACUCACUAAGUUAAUAGCCAUGUACUGUAUAUGUAAACCUCUUCUGUGAUGCAAAAAAUAAUUUAUGCAUAUAUAGAGUAGAAUCAUGAGGACAGUGUCUGACCGUGUGCACAGAGAUGAUCACAAAAUCAAACCAAUUUUGAUACGACUUUAGGGACAAAUUUGGACUGAAAAGAAUAAUUUGGAUCCUGAUGUUUAUAAUACAUGUAAUAAAAAUGUAAAUCUUAUGUUAUUCAUGUUCAUAUCAAAUUCAAUGCACACUCUUGGACUUUGGUAUUUCUACAAUAUCCUAGUAUUUGUUGGAUGAUUUUAUGGGGCUGUAUUGCUAAUAAAAUCCAGCUAGUAGAUGAAAGAU